AUGGUUGCUUCCGGCCUGUGUGCAACCCCAACUCCAAGUGGAGUGAGAAGACGACUGACGGCUUCCGAGACGUUCUUCACGUACGGAAGAGCUCUUCCAGCGAGACGGCUGAAACGCCGGGAACUCGUCUUGGAGUUAAAAUCGAGACUGGAGGGGUGCGAAUACAAUCCGGCUAUCUUCGAGAGGAAAGUGGUUCGGAAAAAUAUGUUGUUUCAGUGGAACCAGCCAGUUAUACUAAGAACGACGGCACCUACUCAGUCAACACAGACAUCUUCGUGGAACCAGCCGCUUGAGGCGACAACACAGGUCAGCCCUUAACGUCCAGUGUUCUGACUGAGGCAACAAACAUAAAUGGGACCCAUCAAGCAACGGAAGGACCCAGAGAAAGUGGCGUCCGAGAUAACAAAGUAAUGCUCAAAAAAGUCGCAAAUGCAACCAGAAAUUCGGCUGCUGCAAAAUUGAGGUGCUUGUACACAAAUGCCCAAGGCCUCGUAUCAAAACUAGACGAGCUAAAACUUUGCCUUUUCGAACUUUCUCCAGAUGUUUUAGCAGUAACCGAGACCUGACUGUCUGGUAAUAUUAGCGAUAGCGAUAUGACCUUGUCUGGAUAUCAAGUUCAUCGGAGGGACAGGAAACAUCGUCAGGGGUGGUGGUGUGGUCAUGUAUGUGAAUGAAGGCCUGACAGUGUCGGAAAACACCAACAAGUUUGCAUGCAGCAGGGAAACUAUUUGGUUGAGCAUCGAGGCUACUGGCUUCCCUAGUCUCGAUCUCCUCACUGCCUACCGACCACCUAGGACAGACCAAAUCGCCGACACCCAACUAUUCGAUCAGUUGGAUAAAUUUUCCAGUCGAUCCAACACCAUGAUCAUGGGCGACUUUAACGCACCAGAAGUUAACUGGGACACCUCCAAGUGUCAGAUCCAAAAUCGACACUUGAUAACCAUCUGCCGAACAAAACAUUAUAGGCGUCCCUCACACAGCAUGGAAUGUUUCUAACGAGAACACUUUAAGGACAAAGUGCAAAAUGCCUGGAUCUGGUUAUAGCGAAAGUGCCGCACAGCAUAGACGAGAUCGUUCCCAUGCCGCCCCUUGUCCGAAGUGGCCAUGUAGUGCUCCUGUGGGAUUAUUUGUUAUUCUCCAUUUCACAUACUCCGGACCAAAAAAGACGCAAUGUUUGGCGGAGCGACAUCAAUGAAAUGAGGGCAGACUUAUCCGGUCUCGACUGGGGCUCAUUGUUUACGGGCAAUGCCAACUAUGAAUGGGAGCAGUUCAAGAAUGUCCUUCUGCAGCUCAUCAACAAACACAGCCCACUGACCAGUUUAAGACUAGGUAAACACCCUAGGUGGCUAAAUAUUAACUUUAAGAAAGAAAUCAACUGGAAGCAGAAAUUAUGGAGAAAAUACUGCGUUACUAGGCAAAUUGAUUAUUUCAACACCUACAAGACGCAGAACAAACAAACUGAGAAACAUGAUUAUUUAGAUGCGUCGGACAUGGGAAAAUCAUUCGCUACAACAACCAACUCAGAACCCGAAAUAACUCUACAGCUACCUCCGACGAAGUACAAGGAACAGACGUAAAAUCCCCCCAGUAAGAACUACUGAUGGCGUUGAGGUUGCUGGUUGUAGAGAUACACUUUCGUAUUUUUUAUAGUUUUUCCAUUCAGUUUACAAAAACAGGUCAAGGUCCCUUCUUCAGUUCACAGAAGAACUGCCGACCACAAGCGUCAGUUAUAUACUCUUCUCGAAGUCAUUGUCCGACGAGAAUUAGAGGCACUGAACGAAUCGAAUUCGCCAGGACCUGACGAGAUUCCAACCAAGCUUCGCAUGGAACUUCCCUGAGAGCUUUCUGUGCCUUUGUCGGUGGACUUUCAAACGUCAUUUGACACUGGAACACUUCCUAUCGGUUGCAAACUGGCGCAUAUCACGCCGCUAUGCAAAGGAGGUAGCAGGGCAUCGAAGAUAAAUUACAGGCCCAUAAGCUUGACAUGUAUUCUCUGCAAAGUUAUGAAAAGGAUCAUAAGGAACUGAUGCAAUUCCUGGAAGUUCAUGGCCUGCUAUCGAAAUACCAACAUGGGUUCCGUAAAGGGAGAUCCUGCACGACAAACUAGCCGCAAUCCCCCCAGAGCUGGACCCGAGCUCUCGACGACAGGCACGCGGCCCACAUAGCCUUCAUCGACUUCCAGAAGGCGUUCGACACUGUGCCACACCAGAGGCUGUAACAUCAACUAAAAAGUAGGGAUCGGUGGCAGCUUCCUUAAAUGGAUCGGAAUCUUCCUUGUGGGUUGACUGCAGGUUGUGUGCAUCGCUCAAGGAAAAUGAGAUCCUAAAGUGGUCGAGAGUGGUGUCCACCAGGGUUCAGUAUUGUUACCCAUUUUGUUACUUAUAUAUGUGGACGAAGCCGUAAGAGCUUCAGAAUACGAAGCACCAAUGUUUACCGACGAUAUGAAGAUAUGGAGUGUAAUGCGAGGCCCUGCCGACGAAGACAGACUGCAGAUGAACCUGAAUUGGUUUGAAGAUCGGUCAGACCGUCUGCUUUUCGGGUUGAACAUUGGAAAUUGUAGCACACUUCGCCUCGGCAAAUCAGCCAGAUCUGCCAGCACAAGAGACUAUUUCCUAGACGGUGCAGCCCUACAAGAGGCCGCAAAAGGACCUUGGUGUGCGGACGACGUGCUCCCUAAUACCAUCCGCUCAUUGUUCGAGAUUGGCAAAAGUGCAAUGUCCGUACUGUACGCAUCCAAGUGUGCGUUUAUGGACUUCGACGAAGACGCUUUCUCUAAGACUUUUGGAAGAUUCGUCCGGCCGCACUUAGAGUGCAUACAAGCCUAGAGACCGUAGGUGGUAAACCAUCAAAACCACCUCGAAAGAAUUCAAAGGAGAGCCACGAUAACGGUUACGGGUGAAGCUCAUUUCCCUAUGCAAACAGCCUAGUUAAUCUGAAGCUCUUUCUUUUGAGUUGCACGCAACUUCGCAGGGAUCUCUUGCAAGCAUUGCGCAUUGUAAUGGGGUUAGAUUGCAGCAUGGUCUUCGAGGACUUUUUUGAACUUGCUACCACGACCAAACUCCGAGGUCACCCGUUUAAACUGCGCACUAAGUAGGCAGGGCUAAAUGUGCGUAAGUUCUCCUUCUCUGUUCGAGUGGCAAAACCAUGGAAUGCCCUCCUUGCAGACGUCAUGAUGUCACCAUCGAUCCAAAGUUUUAAAAAGAACCUUAACAGAUUUAUUUUCCGAAAUUACCAAGAGCGCUGGGAGGUCAAGCUCAUCACCUGUGACCUACUCGCAUUUUGCCCUACCAUUAUGGGCUCGUUUGAACAUUUUCAGCCCAGAGCAUUUUUCUGUAUACCACACAAUUUUACGUUGCAAAUAGGGUAUUCAAAGGCUUAUACCUAUUUCCCUCAAUAAACUAAACUGAACUGAACAGAAAUUAUUUCUAUUCCUGAGGCAUUAGAUCCCAAAAGACAAAAGUUCCACAUACAUUCUAUUGAGAAAAGUUCUCCUCCGGACGCCAUUUUUAUUUUUUUAAGUCCUCAUCACUAACAUAAUAGGGGUAGUUCUUCUGCACGUUUACCUGUGUCACCUUAUUGUGCCGACAAGCCCCUUGUUUUUCUGCAUCAACUGGUCGGCGAACGCGUUGUUUACCCGCUAGAGCAUCUUUAAAAAUAAUUUUGGUGUAGUCUGUCCGUUGAAUUUAAAUACAACGAUUGUUGCAUGCACAGCGGCCUUUAAAUACUUCGUGUUGGACGUCCUUUAACGUAAAUAAAGAGCCGUUUUAAAUGUUUUCUAUUGAUCCUUGGUCAGUUUUGACGUAAAAGCAUUGGAUAAGUACUCUUAACAUUCCCAUUUUUUUUCAUAGGGACUGAAGUCAGAAUUUAGCGCAACAUACAGGGAUAUGAAGUCCCAACCUCCAAGGAAUUCUCUUAAAUAUAACCAAGAUAUUGGGAAACUUUUCGACGAGUACUUUGGUCAUGAGUAUUCCGAGCAGCAGUAUUGUGAAACACUUUUGGAUGUUUUAAAAUCAUCGUACGAAUUUUCAAAAAACGGACAUGCUGAGUUUGUGGAGCAGUUGUUAAAAGUAACUUAAUUCUUACUUAAUAUCCUCCCAGAUCCGAGAUAAUAAGGCUAAUGAGAACGAAAUUUAUGACCAACUCGAAAGUCUUCUGCCAAAGUGUUUUAGAAUAUCAGAAGAUGAAAGAACUGCCGACCUGACUCCAUUCCUAGAAGGAAAGAAAUGUAAUCAUGACCUUACGAUAAAUUUUCUAAUUCAGAACCAUAGGUCUUCUUGAAAAUUUUGACUCACCCUUGCUUAAACAACAUGGUUUCUUGAAUUCAUCCGAUCUCCAGUGUUAUCCAACACCGUUGCUAAAUCAUUUCAUGGAUCCGAAUAAGAGUCUUGUUAUAAAUUCUGAAGGUUCGGACACUUUUCAAAGUAACGUACUGAAUGAGUCUUACCCAGUGGCAGGUAAGGUUGUUGAAUGCUGUUUUAAAACUUUCACAUCCACCCGCACUCAUUAUAAAAAAUUUAAUUCCAAUUAAUAAUGGCGUGUUUUGUCAGCAGUUCUUUUAAGUUGUAUACUGUCCUUUUAACACUAGAACCUAUGAAGUCCCAACCAACUGAUAAAGCAUACAAACCGCUCACUUUGUGUGAAAAUGUGGCGGAGAUAGAUAAGGGCCUGCACAAACUAAUGGAACCCGUAAGUCUUUUUGUGAGGGCUGUGUUGAAUGAAAUAUGUAGAGCUCGAUGCUCGCCUUCUAAAGCAAUAUCUGGGUGCAUUUUUCAGCUAAAUUUCAUGCGAAAUCCAAGGUUUCCAGAUGCCGGAAAGCAAAAGAUACUCUCUUUGGGUGACUUGCAUGCCUUCGCCAUUGAACCAAAGGAUUUCAUAUUUGAUUCCUUUGAAGCUGGUGGAACAUUUGAGGUAAGACGUGGGCCUCUGCUUUACAAAAAUUCCCGAAAGUACAUAGAUUCAACAAUCAUCAUUUGAUUUUCACAUGUUCUUCUUUUAGAAGGCAUAAAAAUUAUCGGUACAUAUUACUGCGUUGAGCUUGCCAGUAUUUUUGGUGUCAAGUAACUUAUUUGAAUUGCUUAAGAAAUUUACGAUAAGCACAUGGGAUUACAGCUACAACUAUCAAACUGAGUUGUUUUACUAGGAGAUUAAAAUUUUAUUUGAAAAGGAGCCUUUGCAGACAAUCUAGAAUUUUCCAGAAUAAGUUUUAUGAAAGGACGUCAUUAUAAAAAGGAAAAUUAAAAUUACUGCUUUAGAAAUUUUGUAAUUUCUGAUAAUAUCUUCCCUUCGGUUAGAAAUUAAUCACUUUUAUACCUGAAGUUCAAGGUAACAGGCGAAAUCGACCAUCACUGUCGUGUGUUGUUUAGGUUGUUUGCACGCACCAUGCUCAGAAAUUUGAAUUUCAAAAGAAAACAUUAAAUUCAUUAUCUAAGAAUAUUAUUUGCAGUUUGCUGCUCCAGUUAAGUCUGCAUACGGCAACAGAACACAAGAUUAUCUUAUUUUCGUUGCCGUAUGAAGACUAAAAUUAUGCUUAUUAAUAGGCACCAGAUUCCUGUCCCAGUUGUACGUGGAACAUGCGUCUGGUGCCUGUUAAUAAGCAUAAUUUUGACAGAAUACUUUAUGCCUGCAGGGUUUUUCGAAAAAUUAGUCAAUUUGGUCUAAUUGACUCCGCUUGUCUUGGAAGUUUCGAUCAUUAAAACUAGCGAAGCAUUUUUUCUAUCAGAGUAUUUAAGCAUGUUUUUAAAUGAAAAUACUGGCAAUGCAUAUUCGGCCACCAUAUCAUGUUAUUCUUAGCAGGUUACAUCUCUUCGUUCCUUCAGAAAAAGCUUACCCUGCGUAAUGUGUCCAAACUCACGCGCGCACUUCGAAUCAUUCCGCCAAAGUCCGAGUUCUUUGAAAUUGGCGAAGGUAAAUCCGUUCUUUAGUUUUCCCGAUCGCUUUAAAAAGCUGAACCUGCAGUCAGUUACAUUUACUUUCGCUUUUUUACCCAUUUCAAAGUAAAACUUUAUCAAAAACUCUAAAAAGUGCCUAAUAUAGUAAAAAACCUAUGUAAGUGUUGAAGUGGUUGUUAAAUACGUCCAGAAUCAGGCACUACAUGCGAAGUGAAAAUAAAAUGUGCUUCACUUGUUCUUACGUAAGCAUAUUCAAACAAAAGGCCAUUUUGCGCGUAAAAUGGCUUGCAGCAGCAGUCCGAAUUCGAAAGGAGAUAGGGGGAAGGAAAAUCGAACUCUGCAAUCUUUCGUUCACAUUUUUACCGUUACAUGACAGCAGCAAAUAGUUAUUAUCAGAGCGCCAGUCUUCGAUCAACCCACGACAUGUCCCAAAGGAAUGGUCCAACCGGAGAAUGCUUGUAACGAUUUUAGGAAGCUGACUAUCACGUGAAAUGGCCGCUUUUGUACAUUUUUCGUUAAAAAACCUCUAAACUGCACGAAUAUCUCUUUUGCGGGCUUUUAUUUAAUUUAUUUUUGUCUGUCUGCUAAAACCUCCUGAAGAUCACUCAGUGCUGCGAUGCUUUCCCGGACAACUAACAUAACCAACAUUGCAGUAUCAUAAGCUAAUCACUUUGCAAUUUUAACAUCUUUGUUUUAAAAUUCUGUUACCAAGUCUGUGGCAAGUAAACUGGUAAGUGUACAUUCCAAUCUCACAUUCAGGUCAUUAUCCGGAGGCUGGAGACAACACGGUUGCUCCGGGACUCUCCUGUUCCAUCACAAUUUUCUUCAAGCCAACCCUGAUGCGAACGUACUCGGAUGAACUGGAGGUCCAGUACGAAUCUCAGCUCACACCACUCAUUGUAACGCUGAGGGGCCACAGAAAACACGAGCAAAUAAACUGUGAGUUCUACUGCCUUUUGUCUGAAUAUCUGUGCUAUAUAAACUAUUCUUUUUAAGUGACUGGCCCCAUGUAGCUCAUCGGUGUACUUUGGAUCAUAAAAAUCCCCAGUUCCGCAAACAUCUACGCAGACCAAAGCUGGGGACAUCACACUGACUUUUAUUGUUAACAAAAGUCUAUUUGCUCAAAUAAUAGCAGUUAUCGACCAGUCGGAAAUUUGAUAACUUUUAACGUCCACGAAGUUCAGGCUCUUGUGCUUUGUCCUAAGUAGCGACAAAGCCGGUUAUCCUAGACUUCCAGGAUGUUUUUUUCUCACAGAAGACAUUUUGGUUUGUCUAUUUUUAUUUUAACUGAUUAGGACGGUUCAACUUCAGUGAAGUAUGCUAUUUUAUACAUGUUUGAGAGCCAGAGAAUUUCUCAAAACUCACGUUAAACGAUCCAUUUCCUUUUUCGUGGCAGAACAUUGAGCACUGUUUACAUCAACGGUUAUCGAAUUUUAGUUCAUAAGCCGCAGACGAGGCAGCCACAUUCCACUGGCACACACUCGCUUCCGCAGGUCCUGUUACUGUCUUGUCAGCUGAGCAGGUUUUCAGAAUGAAGGUAGAGCGCGUUAGGCGCUGCAUAAGUCUGUCUCACUAAUUCAUGCGCAAGUGGCCGGCGCUGCAUUCGCCCCCCCCCCUCCCGCGGGGCACGUCGUGGACGUUGUUAUGGGUCACAGUUGAACCGUCACUGUACGAAACUUUCCUUCUGCCCAGGCCAUUAUCUUAUGUAGAAUUUUUCCGCUGUAGAAAUUUACGUAUUAUCUGUAACUUUCCCACUUAAGAGGCCUUUUCUUGAAAUUCACCUUUUAUGUGUUUAGUCCCUCGCGAAUGGGAUCUGGGGACAUGUCUCGUUGGCGCCUCUAAAAAACAGACGAAAAUCAUCCGCAACUUUGGAAAGUGGUCGAAAUACUUGCCAAAAAUUGUCAUCAAACCCGUAAGUUUAUCAUAUCUCGGACUUCGUCUCGGCUUAAUCUCGAGUUAUAGCCAGUUACCAUGUCCAGAAGAUGUGCAGGUACUUUUAUCAGCGCAGUACCGUAAAGUAAGCACUAGGUACAUUCGCCACUUACGAUCCACUAACGUUCGGAUUUGCAUUUUGUUCCAGCUCUUAUUUUUUUGACUGCUCUUGGGACAUAAUUUGAAACUAUCAGCCCGCUUCUGAUUGAGUAGGAAGCUGCUGUUUCUGUUUAGCUUGAUGUAUUCAUAUUCAUUUCUGAGGUAGUCGAACAGCAUAAUGAGCAGAUGUAGCCGUCUCCACUUCCCGGUUUUUUUUUCGAUGGAUGAAUUAAAAACAUUUUUUUGCUUCUGAUACUUGAAGGCUGAUUAAAGUCUCUGUCGACUUCAGUGAGUACCCCUGUGUCAGUCAGUGUUUGACCGCUGGGGCCUGAAAACUUCCAGUACGGAGGCUGUGUCUGCAACGGCAGUCGUUAAACGUCAUUUUCGAGUCUUCGCACACACUCGUGAGGUUAGAGCUGUUGACGGGUGAGUACUUGUAUAGCACGACUUAAAUUGCAGGUUAGCCAAAACACAAACAGUCAGCCUCCAUUGCCAUUGGUCAGUGGCUAACCGGACGGAAAUGUCGGCUAUUUCACAUGCGAACUUUGAUUGGGCGUGGAAAUAGGGACACGCCCCACGCAUCGUACUGUAGGUGGCGAUGUGCUGAAUUUCGAAAGGGUACCCCUUCCAUGUCCCGAAUUUAAACCCAGCCCUAACCAUCCUGGUCCUAGCUUCAAAUGGAAUUUAGCUCAAGGUCACAUGCAAGACGGGGCUGCUCAUAGCCCUGCCUUACCCAGAUGGCCACCAACGACCACCCAAUUCUAACUAUUUGAACGAAAGGAAAUAUGACUGUUCACGAAAGGAAUAUGACGUCUGUGACAGUAGGCCCUCAACAAUCAUUGUCCUUCGAAGGCUCCAAGUGGGGGCCGCACAAUAACCAGCUGUCCCUAUCUCAGAAGUCGGGCAGCACACGUUGAGCAGACAGUUUUUGUUGGGUGACGACGUGCAUGCGACUAAUAAAGAGUACUGGGAAGUAUUUAUGACCAGUUUGAGCCAAGCGUGCCUGAAGGCCAUGAUGCUGAUCGACUGAUCAGGACACAGUGUUCAGACCAGCCCAAUGAGGGUCGCCCUUAAUGGCGUACAAGAAUUCCAGGGAUCAGCCGACGCGUGUGGGCAGGAUAGCAAGCGUUUCAUUGAUGUGCCGACGUUCCAGGCAUUCACAAAUCCAUGAGAGUAUGUCACAACAGCCCUCUUUUAAAUUCUUAUUCGUCUAGUGUGUUUCCUCAAAAAACGAGGAGGAGGACAUUUUCAGCCGAAGGCAACGGUAUUGGUUGGUUCCUCAAAAAAUUAGUGGUAGAACCACUAUUAUUAAUGACGUAGUCAAAUACGGGGGAUUCGUUUAUCCGUGUCAAUUUGACUGGGAGCAGACUUGGGGUCAGUUUCCACAGCGUCCACUCAUGCCUUCAGUUAGUCAUCAUUUAGCCUGAGCCAAACUCAGGCAAAACAAUAGCCUAGAGGAGUUUGUUCGCAGGGCGGCGCAGCACGUAAAGUAGGAGGGCUAACUCAUGAAAUGUCAACAGAAAUUCUGGAAUUCGUUUUCGUCUCGAAAAGAUUAAUUAAGUAGGGUUGUAAAGCUUGUCAGCCUGCAACAUACUUUUAUAAUAUUUCGGUUACGUCAGGAUGCCGGCUUCCAAAUCAACUUCCUUCCGGCUGCAUGCAAAAACUGCACAUUGUAAAAAAUCACCACUUAAGUAGCAUGCAUUUUUCUCGUUGAUUUUCGUUGCCCCUAAAAGUCCAAUUAUAUUUCAUGGAAAGCAUGCACAAAAAUAUUCAUUCUUUUGCUGACUUGGUAGAAAAUUACGUCUUCUUCCAAUCUUAUAGUCGAAGGAAGGGUAUGAUUCGGUUUUCAAAACCUUUCCAAUUCCCGAAUCAUUUUAAACCUGCUCUACCGUUACAUUUGGAUUCAUGGUUUCCAAUCUACAAGCCGUAUAUUUUCCGUGUACGGAAAACCACACAAUUCUCUACGGUACUAAAGGCGGAUUAUAUAGGGUUCAUACAAUUCGGCAGUUUAUUUAAUCCAUAUGGUUAACUUUAAAAGCCACAUUGGUAAAUGCUGAGACAUGACAUUUUAUGAACGGCCAUUCCACGGUAUCUAGAAGUCACACAAUUAAAAACCUUUUAAAGUCGAAUAAUGUCCCUCUUUCGAAUAUAAAAUAAGAAGUCAACGUAAUUUCCUACCGAAUGAGCAAAAAAUGAAUAUUUUUGCGCAUGUUUUCCAUGAAAUGUAAUUGGACUUUUAGGGGCAUCGAAAAUCAACGGAAAAAAUGCAUGCUAAUUAAGUAGGGAUUUUUUACAGAGUGUAGUUUUUGUAUGCAGCCGGAAGUAAAUUCAUCCAAAAGCCGGAAUCAUGAGGUUACUGAAAUAUUAUAGAAUUAUUUUGCAGGCUGACUUGUUCUAAAAACCUACUUAACUAAUCUUUUCUAAACGAAAACGCAUUUCGGAAUUUCGGUUGGCAUUUCAUGAGUUAGCCCACCUACUGUAGUUAAGCUACUUCCGCCGACGAGUGAGGAUAACUCAGUCGUGAGAUUCUUCUCACCGGUCCUCUGGGGACGCCUUCGGCAAGACGAAUGCGGAAAAUGAGUACUUCCAAGUGGUGACUUUGUUCUUACCACCCAGUCUCAUACUGCCCGCGGUGAUGGGAGGAUUAGCGUACCAGGUGUCUUGCGCCCUGUAAGCUUUGGUUUUUUUGGCUGAUUUCAGGAAGAUUCACGAAGAAUUACAAGAGACCAUGCGUUAGUUCGGGGGCUUCUCUAACGAUUCGGCAGACAUCUUACAGCCCGAAAUGUCAGGCGCUUAUCGUGUUCUUGAAUGAAUGUCUUUUUAAGUUCACAGUGCCGUUUACGCAACUGCAAAAGAGAUCGCCAGCGCUAAAACCUUAUCUUUUUGACAAAGGUCCGUAAUCAACAGACCAUGCCUAACUCCAAUCUCGUUGGUCUAGUAUUCGGGAGCCAUUUAUGCAGCGCUUUUAUGCAGGCACUAUAGGGUUAUAAUGAGAGCGAUUUGUCGGGAACGGUAGUUCAUGAAAAAGUGAUGGGUAAUUCAAGCGAACACCUUGUUUCUAUACUUCCCCUCUUUAAGGUGACUUUCAGAUUUGCUCGUUAUCUACCUUCUCACAGGUUAACAGCUCUUCCGACUUGAGCUUGGAGAUAUUUCGACUGACGCCCGCAUCUUUCGAACUUCCAGUCAAAGGCAGUGUAACAAUGUCUCUUGAAUUCACCCCCAACACUGCAGGACCCUUUGAGACGACGUUUGAAGUUCAUGUGGACGGGGAGAUGCUAUUGACCACAAUAACGUGUCGCGGUAUGUUAUUUCAUGCAGAUAGGCCUGUCUCCAAACACAAUUUACGAGCGAAUAUUCCCCCGAAGCGUUUUAGAAGCCAUUCAACUGCAGAUAGAAGAGGAAAAUGACUGGCGGUGAUGAUGAUUAAAUCGGAGAGAUAGUUUUAGGGGCGAAGGGUGUUGGGAGUGUCGACAUUCCCACGAAGGGUCAAUCUCACAGAAAAGCACAUGCGCGCGUCUCGCAUGCUGCAUACCGUGAACAUGCGCUCGACAGCGUCCCGCAUUGGCUGUGGUUAUAGUGCUCCCCUCAGUUCUGAUUGGUCCAUGUCUGCGAGAAGCCGAUCGGCUCUCCUAGAGCUUUAUCUUGAAGCGGAUUGGACGGAAUAUUAGCCAACCUGAACGGGAUGCCAUAAAUACAUGCAGUUUUACAGUGAAAAGGACUUGUGGGUUGUUAGUACACUUUCUCGUGGCUGGUCGGGUUCUUUUUCUCUGUCGUGCUGGUGUUGGGAACAACGGUCGAGGGUGCAUACGCUUCGCAUGACUUCUGAGCAUCAGACCGGAUCAUAACAAAAGGGAGGUACUAGGCUUGGAUGCUCGCAUGCUCAACCUUUUACUGAUGUGCAACCGGGCUCGUCCUGGUUAUUGGGCAAGCAUACUCGCUGGCUGCCGGCAACGCUUUUCGGUUAUCGUUUGUUCAUCCUUCUGUCCCCCUCUUAUAAGGAUUCCAAGUUAAAGUUGCAAUACCAAAACCGGACAGUCGUAUUUCGUUCUGAAAUCAGGCCAGUUGUAAGCAAACUGCACACAAGCGACCCAUCCCUUUUAGCUUUCCCCUGGAGACCGAGGCGGUACCCUAUCAAAAAAUUACGUAGCAAAAAGCAGUCUGCAAUUGACGGAGGUUUUCCGGCAGGAACAGAAAGACCGAAAUUGAAAUUUGUGGCUUUCUCUUACUUUUACUCCAAAUGUAGGCCAGAGAGCUGUCAUUGUGAGUCGAAAUUAUGUCUAGGAUUAUAUGCAAGACAUCAUAUUCAUAGAUGUAAGACGUCGGGUGAUCAGCUCUCAUGGGUCUCGUGAGGUAGUGUAUGGAAUAUUUUCAUGAUCGGCAAAAUGCUGACGUUCGGAUCCUCAUUACUGAAGUCCUCUCGAAAAUGCCCGUCAAUUGGUGUCAAGACUAAGAUUGUUAUAAUACCUGAUUGAAAACGCAGGCUCCUCUCUUGUCAGCUUGAAACAUUUCCUCCACAUCACGCACUCCUGAAGUCGCAAACAACCUCUACUCAGACACGGCCAAUAACCUGUAGGGUUUGAGCUGUAGUACUCUUUUCGGAGUGUUGAUUUACCACGACCUAUUACUGUUUCCCAACUUUUUAAUCUUGAAAAUCUAUAAGGCUUGUCCGGUACGUUUAUUUUCAGCUAUAAUGCUUCAUUCAAAAUUUCUAAGCUGACAAUCAUUAUUCAUCCUUCUUUUGACCAUAUUCAGUGGGCGUUUGUUUUUUUCGAAUAAUUUGUGUUUUUUCCCUGUAUCAUACCUAUUCAUUACAACAAAUCCGCCCUAGUAUAUCAUCGUGUUUUUGUAAAAUUCAAUCAAAUCUCCUCGCUUAGUAAGAGAGACCAAUUCGGGAGUCAGGAACUGCGUUAAAAUUUAUUAAAAACUGAGAUAAAUAUGCCAAGAUGCAUCAUGUUUAAGUAGUCGCCUGUCAAUCACAUACUGACCUUACCACAAGAACAUUCAACUAUGUUAAACAGCAUUUUACUGAUCUGGCCUAUUACCCAUCGUCUGGUUUCCAUCGCCUGGAGUUCAAACCUGAGGUUUUUUUAUUUUUGAGCACUAGGUCUGGCAAUCUACUGAUAAGCCGUUAGGUCGCCAUCCUAUCCGUUGUGAUUAAGAAUACUCAUUAGUAUGUAAAUAUCGCCCAACCGAUCUGCCCACUCGGCAGAGUGCGAUUGUCAGGUGACGAUUAAUAAUCUGACAAUGAUUAGUCCAGUCUCCCUCAUCUUUGCCGAUGUGCCCUCCAUUUGCACUACCUACUCCUACUCAACAGUCUGCAAAGAUUCUUGAAGAAGCUAGAAGACAAGGCAUGACGGUGAUGAUCAGUGGUGUAAUUAAACCGGUGAGACGCCAAUCCCGUGUGAAUCUAUAUACCUGACCGCGACAUGCAAGGUUAAAAACUGAUGGUCUAUCGGUAGGGCGUUUGACUUAAUGCCGGAGAACCAGAAAGUUUAUGUUUAAGCCCGGGUUGUGGAGGUCUGAAAUUAGCAUUUUGUCAUUUGACCUCAGCUAACGGAACUCAUCAUUCCGCCCAAGGCCCCAGUAACCAUUUAUAUAAAAUUAAACGUGCUACUUGCUAGAAUUAAGUAACUGGUUUAUCAUCUGCACCAAAUAUUUAAACUUCGCUUACAAUUUGUUUGAGCAGGUGAGGGUGAACGUCUCGCACUUUCAAUAUCUGAGGAAAACGGUGAACCCGACAAAGAGCUCUGUUUGUUCCGGAACUCUACUACAGUUGAAGGCAAUAUUGUGGCAGUUUGUCGACUGCCCCCGCAGUGUCCCGAGUUUCGGUCGAAACGCCGAUUUUCCAUCUCAAGUAAUAAGUACGUUCUGUCCUUCAGUUCGUGCCUCAUACAGCAGCCCGGCAUUUCUUUAAAAAAAGUUUACGCUUGCUGUUUUUUGAUUGAAAAAAAAUUAUACAGGGGGUCCAUCGUUUGCCCCAAGUUUCUUGCUACAUGCCCUGGCAAUAUAGAAAAAUAGUUCACGCGCGCAGAAACGUAGACCAGGUGUGAAGACAGAUCGUUGAGUUUUUUGAAAAUGGAUUAACCUUUUUCUAUAAGACACAUGGCGUCCAGGUUCUGAAUGACGGCGGAUGAAUUUGGGCACAAAGGGUGGCGCACUGCACUGCGUACUUUUGAGUCAUACGUUUACGGGGCGCUUCGUGGUUGUGCUUUGCGCAUACUUUGAAUUGUGCUCCCAAACGGGCACCCUUGCAGGUGAGUUUGACUAGACCAAACCAGACCAGCCAAUAGCUACAAUGAGUCUGCACAAAUGCCUACCCUACGUGACCUAGCUCAUGAAACUUGAUGACAGAAUGUGACAUAAGAAUUUCCGGAAGCCUUAAACGUUGCGCGUUGUGCUCACCCGUCCAGCCCCCUCAAGUGAAUGGGCUUUUCUUGCGCAGAAAAUGUGUAUACGCAAUUUUACCAAGCCAUUUGUUCGUACCUUUGGACGAGAUUGGAGAUUGCGACAUAUUUAGACAAUUUGAUAUGCUAGUGCUUAACCCAGGCUUCGAUUGCAUAUCUGAGCGCGUCGUUCUUUGAGGGACGAGUGAUUUACCCUCGAGAGUUCUACUAAGUGAAGCUUGCAGAACUUGGAGUGUCUUCUCCACUUACAAUAAAUGGCAUUAUUGCGAUUCUAUCUGCUAAAUUCAUUAUUAACGACCGGACUGGCAACCUGUGACUUUAUAUAAACAAUUAUUCCUCGGAUUUCUCUAUCGAAUAAAUCAGACAAAAUCCUAUUUACAUUAUUGAUCUACAUUUAAACCAAUGCAAAUGGUAGAAAAUACAACAAAUUCUCAGGAAACCGUUGUGGAAUCCAUACUGAGAAUGUAGUCUGUUAGCAAACCGCCAUAAUUGCCAUUUCACUUAUUCGUAAGGGAUGUUUGGAUGUAGCCUUCGCCCAAGGACUAUUUUUAAACAAAAUUCCAUUUUUGCUGUCAUAUUUUUUUAGUUUUUCGAAUGGACAUGCUUUUUGCUUAUCGAAAACCGAAGUGUACUAAAGUACACUUCUGACAUCCUUGGAAUUUCGCCCUUUCCUGAAAAAAAAUGAUAUUCCUUAACGACGUUAUACUACCUUUAAUAUUUCUUUUCUGUUUUCAAUCCACGCAAGUUUGUAUUUAUAUAAGUGUUGGGUCUAUGCACGUCUAUGCGACACGUCUUGGAUGGAAAAAUGCACUUCAGUCAGCCGCUGAAUCCAGCAGUCAAAUUUUAUGCUUGAGGAAAGCGUAUCCGCCGGCUUCAGGAAGCCCUCUGAAUUUCCCAGUAAUUUUAAAUCUGACCUACCGUUGCACUCAUAUCCAGAGUUUCCAUACUACAAGCUACAUGUGUUUCUUUUAUGAAAAGUCACACAUUUGCAUGUGCUAUUAGGAGGAUAUCAAAAAUGGCUCACAAAAUGUUGCAGUGAAAAUGGACCAUAUUUUAAAAUUUGCAAGUUGGCUUUAGUAAAUCGACCGAUAGGAUGUUUCAUAGGUAGUCAUUUCACUGUCUUAAAAACCUCAUAAGUAGGAACGUUUUAGAAGCAAAAUACGCUUUCUUCAAGCGCGAAAUUUGAGGAAGACAUAAUUUACUACCAAAUAAGCACAAAUAAACUGUCUUUGUACAUCUCUGCUAUGUAAUAUAUCUGAAUGUAUAAACACAUCAAAAAUGAAUAGGAACAAUUAAUAUUACUUAAGUAGCCAUUUUUUGCAAAGGGUAAUUUUUACAAGCGUCCAGAAAGAGGCACGACCGAAAGUCAGCAUCCUGACGCGACAGAACUGUUUUGUGAUUAAAAUGAGUGACAGUUUGUCUUAAACGAGUCUCAUUUACCCCCUUAAUAGUAGCAAGGCUCGGGGAAGUGAGGUAAUCAUGCUUAGGCCAAAAUAUAUUUACAGCAUUUUCAAUUCCACUUGGCGUUUCAUAAUUUAGGGCGCACAGUAGUCCUUGGUCUAUUUUAACUGAAAUUGUGACUAUAUAUCGGCAUCUAACAAAGGCAGAACGUCUUCCCGCAAUCUGUUUUUUUUUCUUGCCAAAAAUACUGAAAUGACGACUGAAACUCUGCACUCAGCAUAUUUUCUUGAUUUUCUGGUCUGCCCAGUUAGGCGUUUCUCACUCAUAUUUCCUGCCGUUAUAGUACCAUAGAUUUGGAGCUCCAAUGGGUUUCUGGUGCGCGGACGGACCAGUGCGUGGAUGAGGAAAAGGAGCGCAAAUUAAGUGAUUCUAACAGGACAACAAGUAAUACGACCUUGGAAUUUUUACUGGAACGGACCCUUCUUCUUGCCAAAACGUCCGUCACCGGCGAGCUGAUUUUUGAGUCGACUGAGGUUUGUUAAAAACGCGCUCAAAGCGCUGAAUUCCUGAUGACAGGAUUACAUUUGCCCAUCCUUGCUCUCAUUCCUCACUGUCACAUCAGAUGAAUUAGUGUGCCGCAAAACUUCUCACUCAACAAUUAAUUACGCCCUCCUAAAAUUUAGUAUUUGAUUAAAGGGUAACAUUCGAUUUAACAAAACGUUGCAAUUAUAGGAUUCGUUAAGAACGUGGAAUUUCCAAUCACAUAGCAUUGCCUCGGUGCCCUUAUGCAUUGUCCCCUAUAACCUAUACAACAUGCUCCAUAUCCGUUUUAAAAUUUGAUUCUUCCUAUAUGGCCUCUCCGUAAAAACACAGAGGGAUGUGGCAAUUUCCCUUAAACGAAAUUGUACAGCUUGUGACUGGAAAGAUUUAAAUGCAAAACACAAGGGUGGUUUGGAUUCAGAUUUUUUUCGCAAAUUAUAAAACGAUUUUGAAACCAAAACUCAGCCUUGCAUUGGGUAUAACCUUUAAAUAAGACGUAAUUUAUUACUAAGUUGUUUCCGAAGGAGCAUUUUCUUGCAUGUUUUUUGUAAAAUGUAUUUGAAUUUAUAAAGGCAUUGAAAAUAAACAAGGGAAUGCCUACUACUUAAGUAGUCAUUUUUACAGAUUAUGGCCUUUGAAGGUGGCCGGAAAGAAGUGUGUCCAAAAAGCCGACAUCCUGCUGCGACUGAAUUAUCUUGGAGUUUUGAUGCAGAAUAGUUACCAUACCAAUCUAAAUACCAUCAAAAAUACGAUCCGAAAUCUCGGUCAAAAUUUUACGAGAUAGACUGCCUUCUGUUAGGGCUUGAGGUCUACAGUUCUGGUCAGCAAAAUUUAGAUGCUGGUAGCCUUACGUUUUCGCGGAUUCGGUUUUAGUCUCUACUGAAGGAUUACUUACCGGUAAGUUAGAAAAUCGUGUUGUUCUAAAUCUGCCUGCUACGUUAGUACAAAGCAGUCGUCGGCGGAUCGUGUUAUUUUUUUAAGCGAGCUUGCCAACUCCCCAUGUUCACUCCAGAAUGCUGUGGGACCCCCUGAUGGGGUCCAAUCACCCCGCAGCUGCGAAACACUUGUCUGGACUUUUGGCUAAUACCUGUGUUUUCGACAUGAUAAAUGGUGCAAAAUUUAUUCCUUUCUUAUUUAGUAUAAAGUUUGUACGGCAUAGACUAUACUUCGGUCAUCAGUUUCUAGUGCUAAAAAAAAGGUUAUUUGUUUAUCUGUGCUGGAAUCGACAGGUAAUCGUUCUGCACUCAUGACUAUUCCUGGUACAGUAUUUGAAAAACACAGGCUGCUUUCGUCUCUCGUAAAUGUACUAUGUGCUAUGCCUUUUCAGCACUCCUUCCCUCCGUAUACGUAUAAACUUUUUAAAGUUCGCUGGAUAUGCCUGUUCCGCGAGAACGUCCCAAUACUUUUUUCCAUGCUGAAGUGGGCGGAUAUACUAAACUGAUAACAAUUAAGUAUGAGAGCCAGUUUCCUCACUACUGUCACACAUCUACUUAUUUGAUUUUCAUAGUCAUGUCAUAUUAGGUUUACCUUCAUGCUUGAGCCCAGGAAUCUAGUUAAAUUUAGGGUUAAAGCUGGGGUCAGUUCAAAGAUUAGGGUUAGGGAAAGGGUUGGGGUUGGAAUUAAGUUUAGGUUUACCUACCGCAUUCCGUCCUACCAAAGCCAGUCUUAUUUAGCCGGUAACCUUGGACUACCUGUUUUCCCUCCGUACACCGCAUCUUUCAAAUUACGCGUCAGUAUUUAACACCCUGUUGGCGUAGUAAAACAAACGCACAGCAUAAAAUGCCAGUCUUCUCAAUGCCUUCCGCAAAUUCUGUUUUCUUGCCACGUCCAUUCUUCUCUUAUUUCAGGGAUCCCUGUGCUCUGUUUUUUUCAGUGGGCUUGCAUAUUCACUUCUGCUCUCAAAACAUUUGCAUAUAUCUUCGAUAGACAGUUUCCUGAAAUGUACAUAUUGUAUUUACGUAUAGGUCUCUCAAAAGUACGUACGUCUAUGCUUUAUUAGUUUUGAGGGGAAAAUUCUUAUAUCGUCUGUCGAUCAUAUUUUAAAGCGCUGGCAUUGAAAAAAUUGUACCCCAGGAGUGGACAGUGCUAUCACUGAAGACGAUCAGACCAAAGAGUUGAGCACUGCGAACGGUACCUGACAAAGUACAUUGAAAAUGCUCGCUUUAAAACAAAAACUGUGUGGAGUGAUGACGUCACUUUUAAAACAUAUGGUUGACCCAAUUACCUCAUUUCCACCUAAUGGAGGCCUGAGAAUCCGCACGACAUGUUGGAACAUCAUGGGGAUCUGCCAAGAGUGACAGUGUGCUACCGGGGCUGGUCCCAUUUAUUGCUGCGAUUGCCUGUUAUGCUGGGCAUUACAGAGGCCCUGAAAGAUGUGGGAUUCCAUGUUCCAAGAACAAUGAACAAGGAAUGACGAGAACUGACGAAUAGGGGUACAGCCGGUAUGAGUAAAAUCUGGUUACUAACAAACGAUUAGUAGCAAAAAUGACAAGAAUAAAAAUGACGUCAGGGAUAUGCCUAAUUCAUCAGACUUCACGCCUCUAGACAUAUUUGUUGCAAAAUUUACAAAUUGAGAUCUACGCUAUAAAGCCGGCGACAAUUUUAGGAAAUAUAGUAUGUGAGUGGACAUGUUAAAAAGGGCAACAUUAAGGAACUUUCUCAAAGCAGGAAAUUCAGAUUUCCAAAUACGCGCUUCUGAGAAUAUGUGUUUUUUAUUUCAAAACGCUUAUAAAAGCAGACUUUUGGACUUGCAGAGGGGUACUGUGUGAAAAAGAGAAAUUACAGAGGACAUGGGUUUAUUGAUACUGUUCUACUUUGGGCUAUUCUGCAUUCAUCCAGUUAUGACCCAUCAACCAGACCCCGUCUGUGGACCAGUUGCAGCGUGAAAAAGUGCAUGUUUGCGUUUCUGGUCCCAGCUGGUGGUCAGGGUUACGACUGGCUGAAUAAAGGCAGAAUAAGACCCCAGCCGUAGAAUAUAAAUAUCCCCGUCUGCUAUUAUAACUUAGCCGACUUCGGCUUGCUAUUUGGUUGCUUGUUCGUGACCUAUGAAACCCAUAUGGUGCUUGUUUGCUUUGGGAGGACAAUAGAUCGGUGCACGUCCAUUCCUGAUUGAACCUUAUUUAAAUUCUGGCAUUUUAUCUGCAAAGAGUAUCAUUGGGAUGUCACACUUCAUCAAUCGUGCAUCUUCUCUGGGUAAUGCCCUAUACCUGUCGGUGCUGUAAACUUGCCUCACUAAUCCCGCCCAUUCGGCAGCGCAUUUGAGACUGAGAGUGGAUGGUUCUUUGACAACUUUGGAUGACACUGCGUUAUGCAGUAGUUAAACUUGUCAAGUAGGCGUUUGACCCUCUGUAGUGGUUAGGAUGUCACUCGAUCCCAUUCUGUCCGCCCGCCAGCUUGCUACUGGCGACAACAAACGCUGUGUCAUAGGACAAAUACCACAUAUGAUACAUGAGCAGCUCGCUAAGACUGCAACAGGCCAGACGCAGACAGCUGUUUCACGGUCGUUACCAAUUAUCAGUACGUCAGUACGCCCACUUGACAUGCUUAUGUACCUCACUUCAUAAGACCUAUGACAUACUGAUGAUCGGUAACAACCGUGAAACAGCUGUCUGCGUCUGGCCUGUUGCAGUCUUGGCGAGCUGCUCAUGUAUUAUAAGUAGUAUGUGUCCCAUGACACAGCGUUCGUUGUCGCCAGUAGCAAGCUGGCGGGCGGACAGAAUGGGAUCGAGUGAGAUCCUAACCACUACAGUGAGGGUCAAACACCCAUUUGACAUGCUUAUAUACCUGACUUCAUAAGACCUAUGACGCACUGAUUAUCGGUACCGACCGUGAAACAUCUGUCUGCGUCUGGCCUGUUGCAGUCUUAGCGAGCUGCUCAUGUAUUAUAAGUAGUUAAACUGUUAAAUUCUUGCAUACACCCUCAUCCACAGGUGGGUAACGCUCUUCUUAUGGGAGUUCUGACGGUACGCUGCGUCUCAACAACGCCAUCGGUGACUUUUGAACAACAGAAGCCUCUACAGGCGAUUUACCUUGAGGUCUCCGCAGAAACUCAGCCAAUCGACAUUCGUCUGGAGCCCGAAUCCAUCAUUAUGCCUGAACCGACUUUUACCUUUACAUCAAUUCAACAGUCUGUUCGUGUAAGCCAAACCUGUUAUUCAGCUUGUUUUUAACUUACUGCAGAAAGCUACUAGUGGAAUCUGGUAUCUGCUUUACAGGCCUUGACGCUAUCACAGGAACACAAAUUUUUUUCGCCAGACGUCCCGAAUUCACAACCGAUCAUACAAUCAGAGAAAGCGACGCACGAGGCCAAUGGACACGCAAUGAGUGCAACUCAUAUGCAAUCGCAUAGCUAUCACAGUUGGCCUGUUUCACAUCCUUCUUAGAUGGUCCUACAUGGUCCGAUGCUUAUUCGAUCGCCUGCCUCUGCGUCGUGAAUGACCGCGACUAUGUCACUAAGUUUUGGCGACUGGGAUGAUAACGACGAUGUAAUUUGUUUCGUAUUUGCUGUCGUCACUACACUACACUCUCUCCGCUUGACUACCUACUCUUACGAGGAACUCUUAGUAUUAAGAAGGAAGCGGAAGGGCACUGUGUUCAUCGAUGGACUUCAGGCAAGUGAAUCAUACUUCACGCGGCCUGCAACUCAAACGGUUGUCAUCUCACACAAGAAUUCGUGUUUCACCAGACGGGGACGUAAGGCUAAGUCCUGCGAAGUAGGCCGGGGUGUGAGGGCUGCAGAUACAUGUUCAGCUCCCCGCGUCCAGAGUAACCUCCUAGUUUCUUCGAGGAUGUCGUCUUACUCGCAAAUGCACCAGAUUCGGUAAACGAAUCCAGGCGUCCCAUACUGUGACAGGGGUCCUGGUGGUUGCCUCCGCACUACGUUCAACCCCCAACUUCAGCUGUCGUCCGAAGGCGGCUGACGAAUUUUAAAAAUUUAUCAGCGUACGGCACCGAGAACUAGAAAUAAAAGCUGAUGCAGCUUGAUCUUUUGCCUUAUUCGUAUAUGUACCGAUUGAGGAAAUUGCGUGAGCAGACAUUCCUUCUAAGCAUCAGCCGCAGUUGUAAUGACUGGUAAAUCUUGCUUUCCGCUUCAUAAAAGUGAACCUGAACUUACGAUGGUGCGCCCUUACGAAACUACAAAUAAAUAAUUAUUGCACCAGUCACAAUCGUCUGCAAAUAAUUCGUGGACGGCCGGUUAUGAUGGAUAUGCGAUUGCGUAGCGACUGCGUCCUGUAAAAACUGAACUUUAUAGUGUGAAUCCGAACAUUCAGACGAAUAAAAUUCGUGUUCUAGUCUACUUCUAGAGUAUUUUAUAGCAUUUUCAUUUUUGCUUUAAUUGUCAGUCAUCAAUUCCCUUUCAGGCAUGCAAUGAGCAUCAGUAAAUUUUCUGGUUGAGGAAAUAGUUUAAACACUCCAAAGACCGAUGAAAAUUCGAUAUUGAUACUGAGAACUUAAAAGGCCAUUUUGGUGUGCGAAGUAAUUUAAGUUAAAAAGCCAAUAUGUAACACAACAAGUAAUUGCCCCAGAUCGCCGAUUUCAACUCAGCACUUUCAGCAUUACAAAACUUGCAAAACGCCGGCUACAUUUUUGUAUAUAUUUAAAUAAAAAGAUGGCCUAGCUUAUGCUACAAUAUUGCCCCAUCAUAGCGCGCCAUCCUUCUCCAUUUACCGCAUUGUAGAUAGCAACGUCCGAAAAAUCCGGGCGAAUUAACCUCUGGAAUAAUUCCUACUAUAAUGGUGAACAUUGUUCGAUCGAACUUUUCUCUAUAUAACUUUAGAGCGGUUUCUAAAUAGGACGUUAAGAAGAUGCAGUUGUUAUCCCAAACUGUUUCUUAGACGAAGGACGCGCGUUAGUUUCUAACGGUGGAUUGAAGUUUUCUUUUUUAGAACAUAUUGUUUUUUGCGUUCCCCAACUAACAACUAUGCACUUUCUUUCAGCUAAACUAUUACAUCACUUUAUGUUUCCACAAAAUAGGAUAAAACACACAAAUUAUGUUGUAUACCUCCCAGACAGCAUAUGUAAAGUUGGAAUCAGUAGUCUAUACGAAAAUGACACGGGAGUCUGAAAAAAUGCCAACCAUGGCGAGGUGAUUUUAAAACGAAAAUGUAAAAUAUGACGAGGACGUAAUUUCCUACAAAGGGUGUGAAAGAACAUAAUUUAUGUUAAAUUCCUUCGAUAAGAGUUAAUUGCGUGCACACAGAUAUCGCAUAUCAAUUAAAGAAAUAAUAAACUCUCUCUUCCUAGCUAUUUUUGGGUGCCGCUUAUUCGAGCGGCCAUGAAUAUGUCCAACUGAUAUCCAACAUCGUCCCCUGUGGCAGUAGAUUUGACUUUGUGCAUUCUGCAACCUCGGCAUCCAAAAAUAGGUAAAAUGUGCUUAUGAAGCCCACCUGAUGAACGCAAUACUGUUGUGUUAGGGAUAGGGAAACUAUUUCUCAACCGCCCACAGUAUAAUCGCGCAUUUCCAAUAGCUUUUCUUUUGCAUACAACUACUUGACCCCGUUACCUGUGCGUUCCCGUCCCUAACUUGCAAAACGCCCUACUACCACCGGUCCAGUAUUACAGUUGGUUGAGGUUUGUUUAUAUCAGGUGCGGCUACAUAGCCACAUCUGACCGGAUACUGAAUCAGUAUUUCUAAGGUUUUGACACGUGGUAUAAGUUUAUAACCUGCGUCCCUUCGCAAACUUGGGCCUGGCGUGCAUGACCAGUCUGUAGUUGAUGACGAAUAGCGGAAACAUCUUUACAACAAGUUGGAGUUUUCCAUCGUUUUGAUCCGCAUGCAACUGAUAGCUACUUUUUUCGAGGGCAUGAGUAGCCCUUUCUCAAAAAUUGUAAAAUCUGUUUUACUAUUUUUUUGAUUUUUCCGAACAAUCAUGGUUAAAAUCGGAAUUGUACAUCUGUCAAAAGGAAAAUUACCUUGUGCCAAACGUUUCCACUCAAGUGGGCUAAAAUAUUUUGACCAUGGUUAAUUCGAGGUAGCCCCUAGGACUGGACAUUGACGCAAGCUUUCUAUGAAUGAGAGAGAGAGCCACGGAUUAGCUUCCGUUGUUUUUCUUUCAGCUAAUCAAUCGUUCCGAAACCUGCCCCAUCGCCUUUCGAUGGGACACCAAGAAGGCACUCGCGAUGGUUGAUCCAGUUCCAGCCACUGAGGUGGACACUGGAGCCGAGCUGCUAAACAUGAGCGAAGGGACACCAGUUGAAGUCUGCGUCCGGGAGGAGGAGGGAACAAUUCCAGCCGCAGGGGAAUUUGUGGUGAAUCUCACAUUUUCCUCACACGCCGUCGGCUACGCGCGAUGUCUGCUACCAUGCCAACUGAACGGCAAUCCAGACCAGAGAGUCUGGCUGCGACUCGAGGCAGAAUUCCGCGUAAGCCCAACUGCUAGGUAGUUAAGUGGCGUCGACUUUCUAGUUGUUUUUGUAUGCGGCCUUGCGCCUCAAGCAGGUCCUUGUUAGAGUGCAAUUUUCGUCAUCAUUGCAAGUCUGUCGCUCGGCGAAUUUAGCUGUUGCGGCACCUGUAGCGAAUUUUUAUGCAGAACACUUUUCAAUAAUUUAUAAUUUAUAUGAAUGUUCUUUUGCAUACCAGUCAGCUCCAAUACAGAUCGACGUUCCGGACAUACAGUUUGGCAUCAUUCGGCUCUUCCACAGUAGCACACAGAAGAUCCAACUAUCCAAUCCUCACUCUGUCGUGCCUUUGGCGUGGACAGCGCAGUUCGAACCAAUGCCAGCUCUCGCGGUAAAGGAUAAAGUUUUAAAGCAAAAAAAUGACCCAUUCACUGAAUGUCCCUACAAGUAGUGAAUAACUUACCAUACUGACAGCACGAAUACUAGCUAAAAACCCAGUCACGCGUUUUUCGUCAAUCUUACGCGGCUGCAUGACGCAACGAGGGGGGGGGGGUCAGCUCAUCAGCGUUCUUUUUUAUUAUGAACGCCAGUUUCCUGGCUGUCUUUUUAUACUACUGACUAUCUGUCGACAGCUUUUGGAUAUUGUGUGGUUAUCCCGCAGUAGCUGAUGAAUUUCAGCCCAUACCAUCUUUCGGAGCGAGCCUGAGCAGCUUUGUUCCGCAGGAUUUACCCCAAGUUCCUUAGAAGUUUCCAGGCUAAAAAAGUGGUCUAAUUACUUGGACCAUGGACAUUGAAUAUUUAUAUGCAGGUGUCUUCUUUUCCACUUUGUGGCUGAGCUUCUUUGAGAGAAAAAAAUAUCCUUAGCCAACCGAGGGAACUUUAGAGGAUUGGAAGGUUAAUUUUUUUCGGAUUUCUAUUCUGGAAAUUUGAGGUCAGUUCAGUUUAAUUUUAUUAAGGGAAAUAUAUGAGAGCGCCUUUUAAAUCUCUAUUGGUCACAAAUCGUUUGAGAAAAUCCGGAUAAGUACAAAAUUGAAAAAGAGAUUUUCUACCUGAUUGAAGACAGCUGCCAGCCAGUAGAAAAAGAGUACUCAUUAACGGUUACUCACUAAUUGCAAGUAGCAUAAACACAUUAGUUGGUACCGGUUUAAGUGACAGAAUGUGAGCCUGUUAGUGGGAUGCUUGAUACGCGCCGAGGAGGAGAGUACAACAUCAGUAGGCAGGGCAUUCCACGCUGAAAGCACUCUGUUACUGAAAAAGGAUUUUUUCGUUUUUUCAUUUGAACAUUCAUGGUUGGCUGAUAUUGCUCGAUGACCGUCGGAUGUGUCUUGCGUGGGCACGAAUUCCAAAUGUUAAUCAGACCAGUCAUAGACGUUGAAUGACUAACCAAACGCACAGUACCCUGUGCAGAGGCAUUGGAAUUGAAGUAUACGAGGAAGCAUGAGGCUUUCACUGCUGACACUUUCAUUGCCUCGUUUUAACCACUGAACAAGAAGCUUGCACGCUAACACGGAAAUGGAAUUGGAAUCUGGAUAUUCAUGUGUCCACUUUUUCACCUUCCGGCUCAGGAAUUCAUAAAAAAACCUUAUUAUCGAGCAGAAUGAACUUCAAAGAGCAGGAAGCCUGAUGCAUACGCCCACCACGGGGUUGAUCUAUUUUUGGAUCUUCUUUCUGGAGGGUCCAGGUCACGCAAACAUAUACAUCAUCGGCAAGGGCCUGGUCCCCUCCCAUAUAUCUAGUUAAUUGUUUUGUUGGGACGAUAGUGUGAAGGACCCUAAUUAGCUGUCAGUGUACUGUGGAUUGUGUCCUAUGAGAGUGGUGGUAAUAGGAGGUUUUGCGGGCGGGGCAGCACGCUGGAGAGUAGGCUGACGUAAUUCAGGAAAACACAGAAGACGGUUGGUGACCAAAACGACACUUUCGAUUAAUAUGAUGCAUGUGUACAGAUACGAUAUCCAGUUGGCUAGCCCAUGGUGUUCAAUCUUGAAAGAGUGCCUGAUAAUCUAACAGCUGAUCCUAUCCUCUGGCAGACAUUUCUGUCAUCCCACAAUUCAUGUUCAGUUAAUCUCAGUUUUUUCUUCUCCGCUCUUGGGUACAGUUGCUAGUCAUGGGUCCUUGCCUAGAUUUUGCAAGCACACCCAUCAGCACACGAUCCACAGUCUACCAACAGCUAAUUAGGAUCAUUCACCUUACCGCGGCCGUUUUGUUUUUGUUUUAAAAUUCAUGGUCGGCUGACAUUGCGCGAUGACCGUUGGAUGCGUCUUGAGUGGACACAGGCUCCAACUGUUGAGCAGGCCAGUCAUGGACGUUGAAUAGCUCCAAAUGCACAGCUCCCGACACAGACGCAUCCGAAGAGCUUUUCUUGGGUUAUGGACCUCGAGCAGUGACGUCUCUAUCAAAGUCAAGGUUGACUGUCUCUUCAAGCACGCAGGUCAAGCGGGGAGGAAACUGAAGAUAAUGCUGUGGCAUCAUCAAGUAGUUCCUCGACGACGUGAUCCGCAAUCACUCGCAACUGUCCACAGUUCAGAAUAAAAUCAUGCCCUUGACAUUGCCACCACAUCGAAGCAAGACUGCGCUGGAGAUGUAGGGGGAGUGGAAAUUUGGUCAUCAGUCCAUCCUAGCGAGCCUUAUUCAGCUAACCCCAUGAAUGCAACCUAGACACCUGAUUGGUGACUGUCACCAAGGUCGACGCAGUCACACGAAGAAGCGCAGGACACAGCAGUUUGAUUGGUUUCCACAAUCAGGCCGUUCGCUCUGUCACUUCGAUGCAUCCCUGGUGACGGGUUUGAGAACCAGUCCGGGGACGCAAGAAUGAUAGGUUACUUUUGUGGGAGGGGAUUGGGGGUUGUAGGUUCCUCCACUAACAGGGAAAGGUGUAGAACUGUGCAAUGAUUUACCGUACUAACAACACAGGUAUUAGCUAAAAGCCCAGACACGCGUGUUUGGCCGAUCUUAUGCCACUGCCUAACGCAGCUGCGAGGGAUUCGGCUCGCCAGUGGGUCGCCCAGCUUUCCCCGUGUGUUUUCUGAUAUAUGAACUCCAGUUUUAACUUGCCUUGUUUAAUUUCCGAGGAAAUUAAUGCGCGAACUUGAAGUAAAUCUUUCGAAACACGCCUUUUCAGGCACGUUUCAAAUUUUGAUAUGAAUAUUUCAGCUGAAAUCCGUCAGCUACUGCGGAAUAACCGCUUAAUAUUCACAAACCGCCAACAGGCAGCCAGUAGUAUAGAACUGUGCAAUGAUUCACCGUACUAACAACACAGGUAUUAGCUAAAAGCCACUGACGAGCCGAACCCCUCGCAGCUGCGUCAGGCAGCGGCAUAAGAUCGACUACCGCAUGGCUACUGCAUCCUAUAAAUACCGCAGCCCCUUGUGCAACAACCAACCGUUUCUGCUUCUUUGUCUCUGAUGAUAGAUUCGAGUAGGAAUCCGAAACGCCAGGCUAAUAAAGCUCUUGUCCCGGCGAUCGUGUCUCCUUCUUCAAGACUACUUCCUGGGACUUGUCUCUUUGCUUCUAUUAUGUGCCCCUCUAAUUUAAGAAGGUUAGCGUUACAAACAAUCAUUCUAGCUGUAAAUGCUGUAAAACAGUAGUGGGAUUUUUGACAAAAAAGAUUCCGGCGGAUUACAUGGGAGAAAACAUUGACAGCAGUUGGAAAACUAUAUCUGUAGGUCGAGACAUUUUAGCGUGAUCCUAGUUAGGUUGUAUUUAAGUCUGCACACUAGCGACCACAGUGAUGGUGAUAUGACCUCUUUAGGCUCUCUUCAAAGAUGAGGAUCUAGAAUUUGUAGAAUAAAGUUCUGUAAGAUGGAACCCAAGGGCAUACUUCUGAUUUUUCCACUCUUUUUACAUUCUUCUAUUGCAGGAGGGUUCAGGAGCCUUUUCGUUGGAUCUUAAAGAAGGCCACAUCGGUCCUGGGGAGACCAUGAUCGUUCAGGUGACAUUUAAUCCGCAGAAAGUGCAAACAUUUGACGCAUUGAUUAAAUUUUCGGUCUCCGGUGCCAGUUCAAAGUAAGUUUCCCCGAGUUAUGCCUGCUUAUAUUUGAUUAAGUGAGGUGCUCAGGAUGGAAUUUGUUGAAUUUAGCGUACAAACAUCCUCUAGUAAUGCCAUAAUCAAUCUUUUGUUUUCUCUCAUCCGACACUCGCCUAUCGGUUGUUUAAUCCACAAAUUAGAUUUCAGCUCAGUUCGCAGAGAUGGUAACGCGGGCUUGCUUAAGUCUGCAGACCCAACGUAACGAGCCAUUCCUCAGUCUUCACUCUUCCUCAAAGCUAUGACAUCUAAUGUCUCCAAUGUGAAAACAUGAAAAUCCUAACUAUUGAGCAACUUAAGCGUUAGGUGAUACUUAGCGUUCAAAAUUAGAAGCAAGCCUCACUCUGGGUUCUUUCUUCCUGUUUUACCUACCAGAGUCGCCUUUAGCUACUUUACUUGUCGCUCCAUACUAUGAUUUCCACCUUAAAUGAAGGUGGUACAUUUGGCCCCCUCCACAGUUCCAACGAUCCGAGCACUUCUUUCAGUAGGGCACUGGGAAAUGGGGUACUUACGUUUGAUAUUUAUUGUGGAGUCAGCGGUUUAGUCGACUUAAUGCAGAGCUGUGUCAAAAUCAGCCUGAUGGUCAACGGUAAUGGGACUUCCCUGGAAAUCGAAGCUUUACGGGGGAUAACAGUGAAGUGAGCCAUAAUAGCACUGCAGUGCGCGAUAAUUAAAAUUUCAUUCCAUCACGGGUGUCUGGUUAGACGUAUCAAACCCUGGCUGAUCUAUGCGGCGCUUUUUGGGGGAUCCAUUGAGAACGGCGAAGUAACUUUAACAUAAUGAUGGACUGCCGCUGGCGAUAAAUGUGCGCGUCCAACCAAGGUACUCACAAACAGAGCGGCAAAACGUCACCAUGUAAAAUACCGCGCAAUAUUAGCUACUUAUGUGUAUAAAGUACGAAUGACAAUAUGAACUACUGUGAUGAAUCAGUUGACAUCGCCGAUCUGCCUGUAGUACGGCUUCCCACAGUUACAAGGCCGCCUGUUUUUCCAAAAGAAUUUCGUCAGUUUCGCGUUGAUCGAUCCGGUUUUUUAUGGGAAGAAAGAGCAACAACCUUUGGUACGAGCAAGGUUCUAUUACAAAUCGGUUUAGUGUCAGGCACUAAAAACGGUCAGGAAAUGGUCGUCCAAUGAACAUAAGACCACGCACAUUGUGGUGUUACUACUUGGAUCACCAAGGAUAUGAGACCUUUAUUUCGCUUUAGAAGUGCAACUGAGCUUUUGGACAUGCCAUUAACCAAAGUCCCAAGUCCUUGUUCGAUUAAGGCACUCUUUCUGUCGAUCAGUAAACUAGCAAGCCCGAUUGAUGCCUUAUACACGCCUAAAUAAUAGUCACUUAUGGUCUUGAAGAAGGAGACACGAUCGCUGAGACGAGAGCUUUAUUAGCCUGACGUUUCGAUUCCUACUCGAACCCAUCAUCAGAGACAACAGCAGAUACGGGUGAUUCAUGCACAAGGGGCAGCAGUAUUUAUAAGAUGCAGUCGUCAUGCUACCGCAUACCCAUGAACGUUCACGGCUCCCCCUUCAUCCGUGAUCGUCGCACUUGGUGUGCUGCCAAUUUGAUGGCCAACGUUGGCGUCGUUAAUUGCUGCAAGUUCAUCAAGUGCGUUGGAUGUUGGUGUGAUGAUUGCUCGACCAUCUGAUGCACCGACCCUGGUGUUGGGAAAAGUGUUCACCUGUGCGCUCCCCGCGUGGCUAAUUACUCCGCCUAGGCGAAGCCUCAACUCCUCGGCCUCUGCUGUUGUCUCUGAUGACGGGUUCGAGCAGGAAUCCGAAACGUCAGGCUAAUAAAGCUCUCGUCCCAGCGAUCGUGUCUUCUUCUUCAAGUCUACUUCCUGGGACCCGUUUCUUCGCUUCUAUUGGCAGUUACUUAUAGUUCUCAAACGAGUUACGAUUGGGACCCAGGCACCGCCACACUAUCGUUCCACGUCGGUUGCUUCUUGGCCAUUGUUCCGUCCACUGGGCCCUACGCAUACUACAGACGCCUUCGAAAAACCAUGGGUUUACCGCUUUACUGAUACACAUAGGACAGCAAAUGAACAGGAAGUGUUGAAAUGAACGACUAAGCAUUUUGCAGUCUUAAAUCAUUGCGUGAAACACAAUCUUCCCAUAAUACCACAGUGCCACCUCCACAUCAUCGUCUAUGGCAGGCGCCAGGCUCUUUUUGCGGAUCAUGUCAACAAUAAUCCCAACAUUCCAAGCCACCAAAAUUGAAUCCCCCCCCCCCCCCCCCAAUCGGCAAAGGCCAUCUUGUAUCACUCACUGAUCUGUCCAUAUGACGCGAUAUUCAGCACAGCGUAUUCGUUGCUUUCCUUGGUAGCGGAUAUGUUACUUCUUCACGUAAAUAGUCAAAUUAACGGUGCCCCUUUAGAUCGAGAUGUACAAUUCCUUCCCUUCCGUUUCAUGUCAUCUUACAAGCUCCAGUGAAGCUAUUCACCAUGGUUUGCGGUCUCUCCAGACGUCCCUCGAUUUGUCUACUACCAAGAUUCACUGCAGGCAACUUCGAUAUUUCGUUUAGCUCAAAACCUGGCAACGGUAUAGAGAAGGGCCCCGCUUAACUGUCAGUAGACUGUUGAUCGUGUCAUAUGGGGUUCUAUCUUGGCAUACAUUUGCAGAAAUUACGUUGCCAACAACGAUUACUUCCCCCGAACUCACACCUUAACUCAGAAUCCGUUAUUCUGUGAAAUUUACUUUUUGUUUAUUGUUUAGUUAUUACUCUCAUUUGCGUUGUCGUACAAUGGCGUAGGAUAAGACUUUCGGCAUAAAUCCAGGCAUUUUCUGCGUUUUCUUUCAUUUUGUCCGCUUUCUGUCAAACGUGCUGCCCCACCCAUAAAACUCCCUUUACAAUAAAUUAUGUUUGGCGCGAUCCACAGUCUACUGACAGUUAAGUGGGAUCCUUUUCUAUACCGCUGCUCAAACCCUUUCAAAGCGUUUGACAGAUUCGAAAAAUGACUGCGGUUCAUUAAUUUUGGGAGCUGUGAGUACUAAUUACAUGGUUGUAAUCGCCUUAUCGAUCGGCGAUGACAACUACGUAGGCCUGAGCGUGACCUUCGAUUCAUAGGACGUCACAAUCCCAGUCUAGACGCGCAGGAACGGUGACAGAGCAGUUGGCCUUAUAAUUUUGGGACAGUUAUCCUUUUACCAUUCUUCUUACUUAAACCACUUUGGGAUAGAAUUUUCCCCGCACACAUGUUAUCCACUUUUGUGUUCAGACCAAAACCGAGUCGAUCUAUGCAUAAUCGUCCACAUUUCACUUAAAAUGGAGAUGGCCGUAUAAGUGUGGAGCUGACUGUAAACGCAGUCCAUUUACCGGUUACUGUGACGCUGCAACCGGCUGCCCGUUACAAAUUACCGUGUACCUUAUAUAAGCUAGCUCAUCGACUUAACUAGCAAGGGAAAUGCCUUUAAAAUUAAGUGUCGGGAGACCUUCAUGUGAAAUCGGUCUCUUUUUAAACAAUUAGCUCAUUUGCAGCAUUCUGAUUCGCUAAGCUCUUUACAGCUUUUCCUAACUAUCAACCACAGUUGGCAGUUGUACUGCUAGAGGAGCUCAAGCGUGGAUCGUAUUAGAUACAACACCUCGUCUGGCGGGGAUAAAACCGUCAUAUCACGCCUACGCUAACGGGUCUCGAAUCGACAACGUCUAGCACGAGGCGCUGAUAGUGGUAGCUUGGAAGACGGAAAACCGACGGGCGAAGUGGGCCCUCAUCAACGCAUUUGGAAGCGAGUGUAGGACUGAGAGCCUGGCUUCAGUGGUACCUUCCUAAUAUGGCCUUAAUGGCACUCUCGCCCAUGUGAGCUCUGAGCUGCCCCCACAGAGGUCCCACAAAUGCGGUAUGAAUCAGAUCUCGUAUGUGGCACGCGUAGACAGCCUCUUUGGCCUUGUCAGGCACUGUGCUCGCGCCCACCUCCGGUCUUCUUGAAAUCGUCUCCACACAGGAGUAGGUUUGCUGGAGAUAAGGAGAGUUAGGUAGAUGCUGCGCAAGUCAACUGCAAUGUGAAAAAUAUUUACGAUCAAGCCAUUGCCGCUACGUCCAUUCCUUUGGGCAGGCAGCUGUCGCCAUGGCAUGCGUGUUUGUUGAUUCAGCGAAAUAUCAUCUGUGUUCGUCCACCGAACCUGCUUCAUCUUCUGACGUUUUAAUUUGCAUCGAGUUUCUGAUUUUGCGAAAACUUGAACUCUUCGCACAAAAACUAGGAAAGAAUAAAAUCACGCGUCGACUCUUUUUGAUCUUCCACCAGGGGCGGCAUUCGUUUACUCGUCAUGCCUAAUAACGAUUAUUAGGUGCAAUGACUGACGCUUAAUCAAGACCAGCAUAAUAUCAAUCAUCCUCUUCAGUAGCCAGAAAAAAUAUAUAUUUCAUCAAAGGCAAUUAGAUUUCGACCUGACACAUCAAAGGUUUUUUCGGCUAGAUUGUAGUUGGUAGUCAGGCCCCGUAUUACAGGUGGCUGGGGUUUGUAUACUGGGGCUUUUUUGUGGGACUCCAUAAUCACAUUUGACCCAUUUGGCUUCCGUUUUACGUUUGAGGUUAGGAGUAGGCUACCGGUUAAUGGUUUCCGAUUUUCGGGUUAGUGUUAUGCCUUUAGGCUUAGGUGCAUGAGUUACGGUUAGGGAUUGAGUGUAGGAUUAGGUUUCAGCAUUACGAUUAGGUUUUACAGAUACGGCUAUGUCUAAGGGCUACGGUUACGUUUAGGAUUUCGCUUAGGAUUAGGGCUAAUUUUGCCGUUAGGGUUAACGGUUAACGUUUAAGGUUGAGGUUAGGGUUUUUUCUUCUGAACCUGCACCUCACUGAUAUUUUAAGAGAUGUUAAAAUCGAUAAUAUAUAUAUAUAUAUAAAAGAAUAAUUUUCACUCUGAAUGCAUCCUACGCCCACCACACCGAUCGUGCAUUCCUAGGUGAUCUGCAAUGAAAGCAGUAUGAUCUUUUCUGGGGACGGUUUGUGUGUAGGUUACUUUAAGUCCUCCCGACUGCCGCUCUCCAUGAAGUUUUGUCCGAGGUUCUUUUUGUCGCAAAUGUUUAACAUGUUUUAUGCCUUCUAAUGUUGGUCGUUUUGCCAGAUCGGUAAUGAAAUCUAACGUAGUUUGGUUAGGAAUUUUCGUCUGAGGCCGCUAGAAUUCUUAAACCAACGCAAUAGCUGUGACCCAAAAUUGAGUACUCAUUCACGCAGUGCGACAAAGAAUCGUCUGUGAACCUUCGACCAGAGGAAGACAUGAAUUCUGGCACUAUAUAAGCUCUGAGGUAAAAGUAGUAUUCGGACAUUUAACAGCUGUCUCAGUUUCUGAUUAGACCACCAGUUCCUCUAAAUGUAUUGAAGGAAAAUAUUGGACCAAUGGACAGUGUCAUCCUAAUUCCGUGGAUAUGCCGAGGAAGAAUUUCCAUGAAGAUAUUAUUUAAGGCGCUUCACUUAAAAUAUCCGGUUUGCAUUACAGAGAGAAAAGGCAGCAAUUCGUGAGUUAGAACGUCACAAAAGUGGAGGACCACAUUUAUUCUGUCAACGUUUUUAUGGUAAAUCACUGCAAUCCUUCCUAUCACACGAGUCGUCUUCCAAUGCCUGGACGAAGUGCAAUCACCAAGUUAUAUUUUUAAAAAGGGGACUAGUUUGGGCCGUGGCGUGAUGCCUUCUUCUUGAAUGCUUUUUGUUCAGCUGCGGCAACUCAGGUUUCACAUAUUUUGUACACAAGCACAAAUAAUUUCUCACUUACCGUGGCGUGUAGCGUUCGCCACAUUUUCAGUGGAAUGGGAACAUUUCCCCCUCCCCUUUUAGGCUUCUGCGCGUGACUGGCGAGGCGCGGGUGCCCGUAUUAGCUCUCGACACGACCCACGUUACCUUGGCGCCAAUCUACCUUGGCAUUCCAACUGAAGUUAUCGUUAAAUUGACCAAUAAAUCGGUUCUACCGGUCUCUUUCCAAUGGACUUCCGUGAGUUCUAGCAUUUUUCUUCCACUCUGUGUGUUCGGAUGUCGUGGCAAGCCCUGAAGACCGCCUCCUGCCAUAUUCCAUCUUUUUCUUCAAAGUCUGCUUAAUCCCGACGAAGCCAACAGUAUUUGUGUAGUGAUCAUUUCUAUACUGCUGGAAAUUCUUCCUGUUUGGUCACUGCCUGAACUGGAUCCGAGCAUACUAGGGGGUCUGGGUCGAGGUAUUAUUAGCCAGCGAUGGCAACUAAGUUAACAACCUCCAUUUUGGUCUACCUCGAUUUUAUCGAUUUUACAUGUGUAUCAAAAUUUGAAGACUUCCAGCAUUCAAACAAAAAAUCCCUAAAUUAAGAGUGAAUUUGAGAAAAUGUAAACUCCCCAACUAUGUGGAGCUGAAACUUUCUAACUAAAGAUUUCGCCAACCGCGCGAAACUUCAGAUGUCUCUUUCAGAAAGUGAAUAUAAAAUAUUCUCCUCCACGAACGCCCUGUAAGGGAAAUUUUCUCAUCUUGACAAUCGCACUUUGACAACAUACUGGGCCUUCGUUUUACGAAAUAUCUACUUUUGAGGCACUUUGAAAGCGGCAUUAGUGUACACAGUUCGUAGAGUAAAUAAUGAAUCUGGGCGGUAACCCUCGGCUUAGAUCUUUACGAGUUAUGGACACUAUGGGCCAGUAGGUUCGUCUUAAUAGAAGCUAACUGGUGGUAGAUCGCAAGGGUCAAAAUGGACGGCUAUGAUUUCUCAGACGGAACUCAUUGAUCCGUGGUGGCUUCGAAGUAGAGCCUGGAGGGACUGCUGUCCUAUAGAUCAAGCAAGUUGGUGCACUGAAGGAAGUGGCGUGUCUCUCUGGCCGCAAGUUGUUGAACUGGAUUUCUCUCACAUUUUGUCUAACGUUCGAGGCAACGGAUUGUUCUGGAGUGUCCACAGGAGAAAACUCCUAGUAUUUGUAAUGAUAGCAGCCGUAACAGAGGUGACCGUGGUAGUAGUAGCAGUUUAAUUAGUAUAAUAAGUGCUAGUGAGAGUAGUCAUAGUAGUCCUGUGUAUCAAAUACUAUGGACAGAGGUUCUGCGUCACGCCGGUCAUUGCCCUCUGUCUCACUACCAGUCGAGUGGGAAGAAGGAUUAGGAUCAAUGCAGCUAGGAUGCAGCGCAUAUUUUCUCCACCAUAAACAAUCAGAUGAGUUUUGAGCCUGCAGACACCCACAAUCCCUGUGGUGAAGGAGGAAACACGACCGCUGGCACAAAAGCUUUAUUCGCCUAACGUUUCGGAUUCCUGCUCUAACACAUCAUCAGAGACAGUAGGAAGAUAGGGUGAUUAAUGCAUAGAGGGCUGCAGUAUUUAUAGGAAUCAUUCCCCAUGCUACCUCAUACUCACGAAGAUUCACGGCUCGCCCCCCUCUUCAUCAGGUAUUGUUUCAUUUGGUGUGAUGACUUUUUGAUCGUCUAUAUUCGCGUCCUUAAUUGCUGCAAUUUCAUCACGUGUGUUAGAUGUUAGUGUGAUGAUUGCUCGACAAUUUGACCCACCGACCCUGGCGUUGGGAAGAGUGUUCACCUGUUCGCUCCCCGCGUGGCUAUAGGCGAAGUCUCAGAACCGAGGAUGGAAGGGGAAGGUCGUUGCACUCGUUAAUGGACUAGGGGCCGGUGGAAAUUUACCCAUUUUCCGUGUCUCCUUGCUCUCCGUCCUGUGUUUUGCCCCAUCCGUAAAAUCCCCCCCCCUCUAUCACUCAACGUGCGACCCGGUCCACGGGCUAGCUCACGUUAGUUGGGAGUUAUACGCCCUAUCUUUGCCAGAAGCACUGCGUAGCCAACGUGGAAGGGUUGUUUUUUCGGCAGCAACUACGUUCCCGCCAAUCUGCAGUUGCCCUCGCUUGGUCUUCCCAUCAAAACGCGGAGUGCUGGGGAAGAUGUAGUGAGUCGGAUGCGGCGCAAGCCCACCCCGAUUUAAACAAAUCCAUGCGCAAAUCACAGCAGCAUUUACUUCGCUCGACAGUAGUAAACCUCGUCGCUUACGAUGGUCGAGCGGUUGGUGGUGGUGGCAGUCGUAGUAGUAGUAGUAGUAGUAGCAGUAGCAUUAGUAGUAGUAGUAGUAUUAGUAGCAGUAUUAGUAGUAGCAGUAGUAGUAGUAGUAGUAGUAGUAGUAGUAGUAGUAGUAGUAGUAGUAGUAGUAGUAGUAGUAGUAGUAGUAGUAGUAGUAGUAGUAGUAGUAGUAGUAGUAGUAGUAAAAGUAGUAUUGGCCUAAAGGUCUGCAAACGUCUGCUAUGUCAGGAUCAGCAAACCAUGGCCCUCGCAGCCUGGUCUGCGCUGGCAGUUCUCUGGCACCUGGUUGCCUGCCGGUAGAUGUCCUUGCGCUCCUGCUGGGUAAACAGGUCGUGAGCAUGGCUGCCCAGCCAUCAUCCUCGUCCUUCUGCUUCGUUGUGGUGUUGUCUUUGUUGGUUAAAAUCCUGGUCAGGUGUUUGUUGUGGCCCAGGGAGUGUGGGGAGUGGGGCGGUCAUGUGCGAACUCGGCUGUGCCAUCCACCUGACCCUCCCCCACCUCCGGUCUUCUCAACGCUGUUUUGACAACGGGAAGAGGAGAAAGUGCGGCAGUUGCUGCACAAGUCCUCACUCAACAUUAACUAAUCCACGCGCAAGUCGACGUGCUUGCUUCACCUUGCUGUGUAUUACAGGAUGGGCUUCGCUCGACACGACUGUCGAACUAUCAUCCAGGACGCAGUUUUUUAUCUGCACUUUCCUCAGACAGCAGUUUUCUCCUUUUUAAGCUUUAAACUGUUCAAAAAUCGAACUACAGAUGGAAAUCCCCUAGUGAGGCAUUGUUUUCCGAUGGGAGUCCGGCUUCAGAGGAGCCGCGACGUCUUCCAAGUCAGCUAACGGGGAGGUCGUGAGCAUGGCUGCCCAGUCAUUACCCUCGUCCUUCUGACGCGCUACGCCAUGCAUCUGCGCCCUCCCCUGCCUCCUAUCCUCUGGACUCUGUCUUGACACCAAGAUCAGGUGGGGCAGGAGAAGAAGGGAGUGCGGUCGAUGCGACGCAAGCCUGCACCCACUAUAAACUAAUUUACAUGCAAGUAACCUUGCUUGCAUUUUGCUGUGAAGCACACGGUGAACAUCGUCGGAUGCGACGGUCGAACUGUCAGUAUUAAUUUUAAUAGUGGCAGCAGCAGCAGCAGCAGUAGUAGUAGUAGUAGUAGUAGUAGUAGUAGUAAUAGUAGUAGUGGCAGUAGUAGUAGAAGUAGUAGUAAUAGUAGUAAUAGCAGUAGUAGUAGAAGUAGUAGUAGUAGUAGUAGUAGUAGUAGUAGUAGUAGUAGUAGUAGUAGUAAUAGCAGCAGCAGCAGCAGUAGUAGUAGUAGUAGUAGUAGUAGUAGUAGUAGUAGUAGUAGCAGUCCCAACCUGUCCUUUCUGAACAAGUGAUAACCAGAUAAAGCGACUUCGCGAUCGUCUACGCUCGCGGACAGCCACGUUUCAGUUAUGGAUAUUACAUCGGGUAAGGUUUGGUUAACGUAGAUCUUAAGCUCAUCUAAUUUAGAUAGCAGACUUUGUGCAUUGGAAUAUAAGCAUUUUAGCUUUUUGCCUUUGGUAAGCCGGCCAUGACGCCGCCUUUGCCAAUCGCCUCGGCUGUGGCGACAUACGCACGGGCCGUAUCCAUAUGAAGCGGGACGGUCGCUCGAUUAUGCAGUUGUUGUAGAUAACCAGGCCCUGUUCGCCAUUCAUUUGUCGCAGCCUUAGCUCCUGAACUAACUGUCGGCAUUUUAUCCGCUCCGGUGGUGUGUAAUCCGUCGGUUCUCAGGAAUUACUAGCGGUGGUGGUAUUGGUGGUUUUAGCGACAGCAGUAGUGGUAGUAGUGGCAGUAGUAGUAGUAGUAGUAGUAGUAGUAGUAGUAGUAGUAGUAGUAGUAGUAGUAGUAGUAUUGUUUGCAGCAGAACAUCUGCAGGAACUUAAAUUCGGAAAUCUGGCUCAAUUUUGCACUCGGUCUCAGCCACAACAAUUUCAGAAUUACGGGUGUGCCUGGUCAAGCCACACCUGCUAGAUAUUUUGCUCUAACGGGUGUCCUCGCUGCUCAGUUUGGGUGUGUCCUUGAUGCCUGUUCCCACCUGUUUACACACACACACAGACUGAGGGCGCCGACGCUAGCUGGGUGGAAGUGAUUGCAACGCCUUCGGACUGUCGCUGCCUACCCGCCUUCGAAACUGUCAGUAUUCGAAUCCAGUGCAUAUCUCGACUGCAGGUACGUGUGUCCUUGGCCUUCCUAAUUUACCACACCCUUUUUUUACCCCACUGCCUCAAGGUCAGGCUUUGUUUGGGUGUGCUCGCCCACACCCCCUAGCUUCCAGGCGCACCUACUUGCAUCCGACCUACGCCCUUCGUCUGUAUUUUGAGAUAACUUGACUAUUCAAACAGUAAUUACAGUAAUAAUGGUAGAAAUUAUUGCAGCCGCAGCAAUAGCAACAGCAGCAACGGUAGUAAUUAUACCAGUAUUCGUAGUAGCAGUAUUAGUAGUAGUAGUAGUAGUAGUAGUAGUAGCACCUGCGACGAUAAUAAUAACUGCGGCUAAUAAAAAAAAAUAUAAGCGAGCGCUGGGACAGCGACUUGGAGGAAUGCCUUUCAUACGUAGAACUGGACGUGACAAAAAAAUCAACCAGGGGAGUGAAAAUUGCCUUGGUCCGACUAUGAACAAGAAUAACUGGUAUGUCACCCCUUGGGACACGUAGUUAGCUACAAACCAAACGUCAGCCAUGGCCAUGUUUGAAAUGGGUCAUUUCUAACCCCUAAGCAUUUUGGAAAAACUCGGACGUAACCGUAACCCAAAACCUAGCAUUAAAACCUUAACUCUACCCUCAACCCUUAAUCCAAAGCAUAGCCUAAGCUUGGCAACCUUAGUCCCAAGCAUAGUUCGACUAAAGCCAAUUCUAACUGCUAUCUAAACCCUAGUCUUGAGCUCAAAACGGGCGCAUUUAAUGUUAGUUACGUCAGUGGUGGGUCAAUAUCCGCCCCUCGCAUAACCUCUUUCGUGACCUACUGCCAGACAAAUUGUUGUAAAGCUCACCUAACUAUGCAAGAUAAUAAGGUAGGCUUUCGAUCAACCACCAAGGGGUUUACAUAUUCCACCCUUAUCAAAUGACUUAAUGUUCGAGUCCCCCUGCAAGGAAGUUCCUUUCGAGUCCCCCUAUAUAUCGCUUGGUUUCUAAGUCGAUCGGUUCUCCUUGGCCUUUGAUACUUUGUCGGAUACUAUAAAAGUGACUUGAAGGAAUUAUCGGUUUCCAUCUCGGUUUUCGUGAAAACCUCCUAGUUUCUUGCCGUUAAAUUGUGUUACGCAGACAAGCGUUUUUCUACAAACAGAAUAUCACCUCACCAUACACCCAGCACAACUUCCGACCAGUGGAACGCGAGUUUUUUCGGCUGCUUAACGCCACUGAAGGCGACUUAGCUCAUCUGCCUGAUAUACAGUAUUACUUUUCUAGGGAGAUCCGACAUGGAAUCUUUAGCUCUGUGUCUAGAAUAGCAUGGGAUAUAUUUUCAUUCGUUCACCGGUCAACCCGUGAAUAGGUGGUCACAUUUAGCGAGACCAUAAGUCUAUAUAUUUAAUUGUCAUCAAUUGUGACUGCUGAAUGCACUCCCCUGUCAAGAGAAACAGCAAUAAGUUCUUGUUAGGCUUUUUCCAGAGCAAAGAAGACCAGAAGAGCAGAAGCAGUUACCAGGCAAUCCAAAAAAUAGAAGAACUAAAAAUAGAGGCUGGCUAUAAGCUCUGAGAACUGCUCCUUGGCACUAUGAUUACAAAGUCAAUUAGAUGAAAUUGAGACUUUUAAUGAAAAUUAUUCUUGGUUGCUGCACACUCUUCACGUUGUUGCUUGCGCCCACAGCACGUACUCCUAUGAGGGAAACUGUUAGACCCUCGUGGUAGUGGGAACACCCCUUAGUAACCGUUUCUAAUGGCGAGUAAAGUCGGGUUAGGACUGCCGGCAUGCCUCACCAGCGAUCGUGAGCAUCUGUGCGAGGUCUAGUUGCGCUGUAGGAAAGUAACUAGUGCGCGUGCUUUUAUGACGGGCCACGUGGUAGAUGCACUGGACCAGCAUGGGGGGUCAGAUCAGGGCACGACAGUUGUUAUCGGGGAUGCGCCUCCAUAAGAAAUGCCACACACGAGGGUGUGGUAGUACGCUUAUGUACAGGUUCACGCCGCGCCAGCCACCCGCCCCCUUUCACACCGCCGUUCUCCUUGACUCUGUCUUGACACCGGGUCCAGGUGGGGAAGUGCGAUAGAUGCAGCGAAAGUCCUCGUCGCCGAGCUCACAUUUUAGUGGGGCACACGGUAGACACUAUCGUUUGGCACGCGUGGAAGGGGACUGCAUGCCAACAGUUCAAAGCCUGCAUCUGAGCCCAUCUGCGGACUUGCUCAUGGAAGGUGCAGAGCCUGUUUAACAAGAUGGAUGAACUCAGGACUCUGAUCGACGACCACACGCCAGAUAUCAUCGCCUUGACAGAACCAUGGCUUUCUGAAGCUACUGGACAUCAUGAGGUACCCCUCAGAGGCUAUCAACUGUUUAGAAGAGACAGUAAAAGCCGAGGAGGAGGGGUCGCUCUCUGUAUUAACUACAACCUGACCGCGGUCCCUGAGAAAAAUCUAACAACAACAGCAGAAGUGGCAUUCUUAUCUUUAAAUAUCUCCACUAAAUACGCCCGGCCGCUGGUGUUUGCAGUUGUAUAUCGUCCCCCAAACAAGAUUUCCGAACACGAUAGCCUUCUCCUAAGGGGCCUGAACAAGAUCUGCUCGAACAGAAACGUCCUCAUUGUCAGGGAGUUUAACGCCCCCAAUAUCGACUGGCAAGCUUGGACGGUUUCAGGUCUAUUGAACACAUUCGGACAACAUUUGCUUGAAUUGGCAGGAGAAAAACUACUUUUCCAGAAUGUAACUCUCGGAACGCCUGUCAGGGAAGGGCAGCGUUCUAAUUGCCUCAACCUGGUGCUCACUCGUGAUGAGGAGAGUUUGCUGGAUAUACAGGAUCUCCCGCCAAUUGGUGCUAGUGAACAAAUUGUGAUGCUCUUCGAGUAUUCCAUGUUCUCCCAACCUGAUUCACCUGAACAAUUACAAACAAGUAUCUGGAGGGGGGAUUUUUGCAGCAUGCGAACCCAAGUCUCAGCAAUACCGUGGACAACCACAUUGCAGGGAACACUUAACGACUACUGGAGCACGUUCAGCUCACUGGUCAAAAGAAUCGUUAAUCUAAACUGUCCACUCACACGAAAGAAAACAAGCAACCGUCCGCCGUGGAUAAAUCGAAAGCUGCAAACCGCGUUUAAGAGGAGGAAUAAAGUGUGGAGACACUAUCGACAAACAGAGAGUUCUGAACACCUGAAGGAAUACAAGCGACAGGGGAAUGUGUGUAAACGCGAGGCUAAUAGACUUCGAAGCAACUAUGGGCUAUGCAUAUUGCAAAGCUCUUUGGAGCAUCCUAAAAUCCUCUAUAGUUACAUACGUAAUGGCAAGAGCAAUCGCGACCAGCGCUGAGGCCCCAAAACGGAAUAAAUGAGACAGAUGAUCACCUGAAAGCAUCAGCCUUCUCCAGUCUCUUUUAGUCGGUAUUCACUCACGACACAAAUCCUCCUCCUAUGCCUUACGUAGACCAACGACAAAAUCCUUCCUGUCCUGCAUUGGAAAACAAUCUUUUCUUCUCACCCACGUUGAUAAGGGCCGAACUACGCCGGCUGAAGCCUGCCAAAUCACCUGGUCCAGAUAGAAUUCAUCUACGUGUCCUCCGAGAAUUAGCUGAUAUACUGUGUGAGCUGGUGUCCAUGAUAUUUCAGAAGUCCAUGGAAGAAGGCGAACUGCCGGAGGAAUGGAAAACGACCCAUAUUUCUCCAAUCUAUAAAGGAGGAUCCAGGCUGGAGCCCGAAAAUUACCGUCCUAUUAUUUUAACCUGCAUUUUAUGCAAGGUCAUGGAACGACUUAUUAAAGGACAUUUAAUGUCGUAUCUGGAGCAGAGGGACCUGUUAUGUGCUGCUCAGCACGGAUUUCGACGUGGUCACUCCUGUCUUACAAGCAGUCUUUGCGCGUAGGAAAAAUGAACAAGAGCCAUAUACCAGGGCCGUCCAAUGGACGUCAUCUUCUUUGACCUUAAGAAGGCGUUUGAUAGCGUUCCUCAUGGACGACUCCUACAGAAGAUUUGGGAGUGUGGAGUACAGGGCAACAUUUUUAAGUGGAUUAAAAGUUCCCCGUCAUUCAGGCCCCAAAAAGUGAUCGUUGGUACCACUGUAUCCGAAUGGGUGUCAGUAAAAAGCGGCGUUCCGCAGGGUUCAGUCUUUGGUCCUCUCCUCUUUUUCAUCUAUAUAAAUGACUGUCCUGCAGACCUUGAAUGCGAUGACAUCAUGUUUGCAGAUGAUAUAAAGAUCUGGAAAACAAUCAGCUGCGUUUAAGAUGCGCAAAAGCUACAGGAAGAUGUUAAUAAGCUGGCUGCGUGGUCCAGCAAGUGGCUCCUAGCGUUCAACGUAUCCAAGUGUGUAGUCUUGCGACUAGAAUCUGGACGGAGGAGCUUCCCAAAACACCAGUACACUAUAAAUGGGGUUCCACUAAAAGAAAUGGACAGGCACAAAGACCUAGGUGUCUGGACAUGGUCAGAAUUGCUGCCCUCUCAGCGCUGUAAGAGUCGUUCAAAAGACAACCAGCCCCAUGCACUGGAUUAGGCGUGCCUUCAUAAUCUUUCCUCCCGAACUCUUCUCACAGCUAUUCGGAACGUUCGUCAGACCGCAUUUAGAAUACGGAAUGUCAUCAUGGAUGCCCCGGAUGAAGAAAGACCGUGAUGACAUAGAUCAAGUGGAACGACAGGCUACAAAACUGGUGGACGGUCUCAGUACUCUGUCAUACCCAGAAAGACUGAUCCAGCUAAAUUUGUUUCCCCUAUCCUAUAGACGAAUGAGGUGUGGCCUGUUAUGGACAUUCCACAUUAUCCACGGGCAUGAAUGUCCGCUCAUAUCUGAAGGCUUCUUUGAAUUCACGACCAUGAGUCGCCUGCGCGGUCUUCCGUACAAAGUCAAGCGGGAGCGUACACGCCUAGACCAUCGGAAGUUUUCCUUCAGCCAGCGUGUUGUUCGACCGUGGAACUCACUCCCAAGCGAAAAAGUGGCAUCUGAUACAAUGGCUGUAUUCAAAAGGCAGCUGGAUCGUUUGAUCUUUGAUAAACGAAGACUCUCACUGCAUGACUAUCUGCGGCCAACCAUAAAUUUCGUUUCCUGAUUUCAUCCAUAUGUAACACAUCACUAAAGUUUUCCCUCUCAAACUACGCAAAUGACUGCACUUUAUGCUGAUUGUAUAUAAUUGCACUUAACAUUUCAUAUGUACAUUGAAAUGACGCCCGCCGCACCCGCAGUCUCGCACUGUAAAAACGCUUUCCGUAAACAAAUAUGUUACUGGCAAAAGUUUAGUAAGAUGUGUUUUUCACAGUUAUAUCGUAUGUACCGUUCCAAUAGGGUCAUCAAGCGCAUUGCCUAUUACCCAAAAAUACACACUAUACACGGAUGUUGAGUAGAGACAGAGAGAGGUCGGUGCCGCGAAAGGUAACACUACUGGUGCCGUGAAGGUGACACGAUAGUUGAAACAAAAGCUUUACUCGUCAGACGUUUCGGAUUCUACGGCUCAACGCUUCAUUAAGAACUGUUCCAUUUGGCAUGAUGAUUUUUCGAUGGCCGCCAUUCGAGUCGCCAAUCACUGCAAUUUUAUCGAGUGUGCCGGAUACUUGUGUGAUGAUAGCUCAAUCAUCUGGACCACCGACCCUGGCGUUGGGAAUAAUACUUGCCUACGUGCGUCAGGCGAAUAAAACUCUCGUUCCAGCGAUCGUGUUUCCCUCUCUUCACGACUGUUUCCUGGAACUCUCCUCUCUUCGUUUCUAUUGACUGCCGGCGUCGUUGGUGAAUUAUACGAGAAAUCAUGAGACAACAUUGCUUUGCUUGAUUUCUGAUACUAUCAAACGCGUCAAUGAGGUUCUUUUGUUCCACCAAUGUUUUUUUUCACUUUCUAGAGGAGGAUUACGGAUUUGAGGCUUCUCUGCAAGGUCGACGGUCAGCAGGAUCCUCUCCGGCUCGACAUUUCCGGUGACACGAAGGGCCUCUCAUUCGCAGUGACCAGUCUUCCCUUGGAAAAUGUUCUAUGGUACCGUUGUUGUAGAUUAGGCGGAGUAAUCGGCUGUGGUCUUAUAUAAAGCAAGAAUAAACUAUUUAUGUUAACACGCUUGAAAGUGAAUCUAACGUUAGAUUUCAUUAGGUAGGACGCAUUUUUGGAAAAGCAUAUUCACUCACGAAGUGUUUUCCAACUUCAAUUAAUGAUCUGACAAACUCUGUUUCGAGCUCUUUCAUUACUGUAGUCAUAAAGCCACGUAAAGUACAUUCCUGCAUUCUUGCUCAUCGCUUUUUUAUCAUUCGAGCGGUAGGGUUCAUGUCGGUCGUAAGAGUCUCCAAAGGUCUGGUGAGAGAAAAGUAGACUUAAGUAUCGCAUUAAACAUUUCCCACCCUAAUUUCUCGAUAUCGUCCCGCUAAUCUUCAAACGAUAGUAUGUUGAAAUAAUUUGCCAUGUUUCCUUCUCAAAUAAAUGGAUUAAAUUCACCUUGGUCAUAUCGCAAUGGAAGCUCCUAAUAGUUUUCGCACAGGCGUGGGAGAUCAAAGAGCGCCAAGGUAUUCUUGUUUGAAAAAGAACAAGAUCGAAUGAAGAGACAUAAGUACCACCAAACAACGCACUCCAUUUAUGUCGACUUUUGCCUUAGUUCAUAAUCUGCCGUCGAUAUGCGAAUCAUGCUGAUCGCGUAGCACAUUUUACCAUGUAAAACCAUCCGGUUUUCCAUCUGUGACAAAAACAAGUUUAAAGAAGGGCGGCAAUCAUUGGCCGACGAUCUACAAAGUGUAACUACCUGAAUCACGAUAAAUGCUGCAAACACCGAUUACACCAAGGUCAAGACUGUUUUUUCCCGGGAAAGCAGUACUUGAAGACAGCAUUGCCGUAGCCUGCAAUAAUAUCCUGAUGUCAUUAAAAAGGAUCAACUUGAAAUCCUCCCCAUUACCAUCAACUUAAUCAUUCGGAUAAUUAAAUUCACGCUCGAAAAAGAAGCUUACAAUAAACUACCAUUUCUGGAUGUCCUCGUGCAGCAAAAGACUGACUGAACAUUACACACACCCGUUUACCACAAAGAAACAUAUGCGGAAUUAAUUCUGCACCAUGACAUCAACAACCCAAUCUCUCACAAGCGGAGUACUGUCCAAAGUCUGCUACAUCGAGCAAAAACACAUAGAUCUGACAAAGAAAGCUAUCAAAUUGAGCUAAAUUACCUGUUUGAAUUAUUUUCACAGAACGGUUACGCCAGUGAUUUCAUUAGUCGACACUUGGGAAAACAAGAGUAAAAGCAAAGGAACUAGAUAGUUCCAAUUAGGCCCCCGUAGUUAAUAAUUGGCGAAUCCUUCCUUGCGUCAGGAAUGUGUCUUAACUUGUUGAAAGACACUUAGGGGAACACCGAACAAACGUGGCACAAAAGCCGACGACUACUUUACGCACUCAGCUUGUAUAUCCUAAAGAUAGGGUUGGCUAUUUCGAUGAGAAGGAAGUCGUCUCUAAGACCCUAUGUGAUGCCGCAUAUUAUGGCCAAACGGAAAAAUCUGCCUCUACACGCAUUCACGAGCACCGGCUGGCAGUUAAGAGGCGAGACUAUCUGUCUCAAAUGACCAUGCAAACUCUUUACUGUGCACACCUUCGCAUGGGAUAAAACUCGCAUCGUCGGAGUUUGCCUUCCCAACAAAACCGAGAGUUUCUUAAGGACAUGCGUUCCGAUGAGUAGUGAAUCAAUCGACACAUCGAGUUAGAUGCUAUGAACAAAAGUCUCAGGGAAAAGUGGAAGAGAAGAGAGCCAACUUAUAUAGAAAGACGCACACGGUGGCCGCUGACUGGCAAAAACACUAAAGGAAUAUUGAUUUUUCAGCACUUUUGAAAUGUUGUACUCAAGUCUGACGACGAUCUGGGGAACCAGCGUCGAAAAUCUACUCAAUAAAGUUUUCCACUUUUCCCAAAUAACGCGUCUGGCUUAAUUUCAACGAACACUCGAGUCGAAGACGAUAAACUACUGUGAAAUAACCACGUAAUGCCCAUCCUACAAACAAGCAGUGCUACGAGUAGUACGAAAUGUAUGUGGUAAACGUGUCAUACCGUACUUCCGACACAGAUAUUAACUAAAAGCCCACGUGUUUCGGCGGUAUUCUGGUCUGACCCCAAACAAGUCAUGUCCCGGAGACUUAACUCCAUGUCCUGCAGUUAAUAGUUUCUGAAAUUAUUCGCUUGAUCAUUCUCUGGAGUUCCUAUACCGAAAACCGCACAGGGAACGCUGGAGGACCCACUGAGAAGCUGAGCCCCUCGCAGCUGUGUCACACAGCGGCAGAAUAUCGGAGAAACACUUGUCUGGGCUUUUAGUUAGAGUAACUGUGUCGGGAGAACGGCAUACUACAUUUGCCAUAUGUAUAGAUACGUAUAUACAGUAGGUGGGCUAACUCAUGAAAUGUUAACCGAAAUUCCGAAAUGUGUCUUCAGUUCGAAGAGAUUAAUGAAGUAGGGUUGUAAAACUAAUCAGUCUGCAGUAUAAUUCUAUAAUAAUUCAGUUACCUCAGGAUGCUGGCUUUCGAACGAACGUCCUUCCGGUUACAUACAAAAAAUCUUCUCCGUAAACAUGACUACUUAAGUAGCUCUGAUUUUUCUCAUUGAUUUUCGAUGCCUCUAAAAGUCCAAUUAUUUUUCAUAGGAAGCAUGCAAAAAAAUAUUUAUUCUUUUGCUCAUUCGGUAGAAAAUUACGUCUUCUUUCAAUUUUGUACUUGAAUGAGGGAUAUACUUCGGUUUUAAAAAGUUUCUUAUUGUGAGACUUGUAAAUACCGUCAAAUCGCCGUUCAUAAAACGUCAUGUCUCAGCAUUUACCAAUGUGGCUUGUAAAGUUAACAAUAUGGAUCAAAUCCAAUGCUGAAUUUUAUGAACCAUAUAUGAUCUCCUCUCAAUACCGUAGAGCAGUGUGUGGUUUUCCAUACACGGAAAAUACAUGGCUUGUAGUUUGAAAAGCCUGAAUGUAAGUGUGGCAGCAGAGCGGGUUAAAAAUUAUUCGGGUAUAAGAAAAGUUUUUGAAAACCGAAUAACACCCUUCCUUCGAGUAUGAAAUUGGAAGAAGACGUAAUUGUCUACCGAAUGAGCGAAAGAAUGAAUAUUUGCAUUCGUGUUUUUCAUGAAAUAUAAUUGGACUUUUAGGUGCGUGGAAAAUCAGUGAGGAAAAUGCAUGAUGCUGAAGUAGUCAUUUUUAACAGAGCAUAGGUUUGUAUGCAGCGGGAAAAACGUUCGCUCAAAAGCCAUCAUCCUGAGGUAACUGAAUUAUUAUAGACUGAUUAGUUUUAAAACCCUACUUAAUUAGUCUUUUCAAAACGAAAACGCAUUUCGGAAUUUCGAUUCACAUUUCAUGAGUUAGUAUUACUGACACAGACCAGCGCCCCCUUACCAUUAUGAUCAUAAUCAAUCUCAUUUCUUAGUGCCGUUUCCCUCAUAUUUUUACAUAUUUUUGCCCAACUAAAAGUAAACAGCAUAGUGAUUUUCCAGUUUGUUAACGGUAGCAAUCGUGACAGAUGUUAAACGUGUUUCGAGGUUUUAGGUUAACCUUUUUAAACACUUAACCCCUUCCGGAUGAAAUAAGGCCUAAUUUGCAACUGUUAACUGCCUCUGUUCACUCCACUUUCACCAGCAAAACAACCCAAGUGGAUCCUUACGAUUCAAAUUAUCUCACAGUCGACGAUGACGCUUUCCUCGAAUGCAGCGCCCAAAUCGUGGGUCCACUGGUGGAGUUUGACUCGACCGGCCUCUGCAUUCCGCGUGAACGGUGGAUUGAAGUAAACAACACUUCAGCCAUACCGGCUCUUUUCACACUUCAGGUGGAUACUUUCGGCUGCCAAACAGAUGACCUGGCAAAGUGGCAUAAUCCACCUUCGGGCACAGUUUUCGGAGUUCAGCGACUGCUGCAGGCGUCUCUGGGCGCCAAUCAAAAGAACGAAACUGACCCAAACUACGGCAGUCAUGUGAGAGAUCGUCUCAUUUAUGGUAAGACGUUGGAGGAAUCUAUUUUGAACACUGUUCAAAAGGGAUUCCUCAGCCUCCCUUGUCUACAUCAAUAUUCCCUUUCUGCACUUUUACUGAGCGCAAUGCGACUGACUUCGACGACUCUAGAUUGAGCCCCAAGACACAGAGAGAUGAGCGUGUCCCGUAACCUGACAAGGGAAGCCACUUCCACCAUACAGCGACUGGUCGAUCUAAUGAAAUGUUGACCGAAAUUUUGAAAUGUGUUUUCGAUUAGGAAGGAUUACGUAGGUGGGAUUAUAAUAUUUAUUAUCAUGCGGCAUAAUCCUAUUUCGGACUCACCAGGAUGUCGGCUUUUGAAUGCACUUAUUUUCAGUCGCUUGCAAAAACCCUACCCAGUGAAAAAUGAAUACUUGAAUAAAAUGCAUUUUUUCACAUUGAUUUUCGACAGUCUUGUGAAUUUAAAUAGAUUUUGUUUAAAAAAACAUGCUUUCUUUGACUCGUCUGACAGAAAAUCAUGUUGGUUUUACAUUUUAUACCCAAAGAAAGAGCGUAUUUAGGUUUUGCAGCAGUUUCCUAAUUUUCGAAUAAUUUGAAGACUGAUCAGUCGUUACAUUAGCGUUUAGCGAUUUCUGUCUACAAGGUGCAUGUUGUCCAUGUAAAGAAAAUCAUAUGUUUCUUUAUGUCAUUAAGAAGAUAGCAUACAGAGCUCAUAAAAUUUUGCAAUGGAUGCAAACUGUGUUGCAUAUUUCAUGCGGAAAAUUGGUAAACGGACAGGUACGGUAUUGUAUGAAUCAAUAUUGCACGGUCUUAAAAAACAUACGAUAAGUAGGAACUUUUAAAACCUAAAGUACUCUUUCUUUGAGUAUAAAAUGAGGAAAUAAUGCGAUUCUCUACCUAACGAGUAUAAAGCAUACUUUUAUUCAUGUUUUCUAUAAAAUAUAUUUAGAUAUAUAAGAUGAUCGAAAAUUAGCGUCGAAAAUGCAUAUUAGUCAAGCAGUCAUUUUACGCCGAGUAUGGUUUCUACAAGAGGUCAAAAAGAUGUGCAUUCAAAGACGGGCAUCCUGGCGAGUCCGAAGUACAGUAGGAUUAUGUCUCAUGAUAAUAAAUAUAACAAUCCCACCUAAGUAACCCUCCCUGAUCGAAAACACAUUGCAAAAUUUCAGUCAACAUUUCGUGAGAUCGGACACCGACUGUAAGUUAAUAAUCUUGAGCGUAACCGACAGGGGAACGGGUACGUGGCUCAAUGAAAUAGCGUUGGAUUAAUAACGCCCGAUGACCAAAGAACGCGGCUGCAAAUCUGGGGUUGGGUAAGGCUGACUAAUGGCGAUUAAUAAGCCAGAAAUUGUCAUCCCACUUACCCCCUUGUCUUUGUCAAUAUUUCUUCCCGGUGGUUUGCUUAUCCCAUUUGACCAUUUCCGGCAAUUUUGUGAUGUAUUCUGGCAGCCAGGGGUCCGGCCGACCUAGUAUUUUCCUCGCCUGAUAUUCGCAACGUCUCAGGCCAAUGAGUGGUAAGAGGCUGGACUAGGAAUCCUUCAAAAGGCAGAUGGCCUUGCGCUAAGUUUCAAGAAGGGUACCUAUUCCUGUGUCCUAACCCCAGGAUUAACACUAGCUCUAACCAAAAUCUCAACCCUGACCAAAAGCUUAAUCCCAAACAUAAUCCCCCUGGAAGUUAUAGCUGAACCACUUGUAUGACGACGGAACCUGGUGGCGUCCUACUCCUGUGCCCUGCUCAAUAACCCUUUAAUUAUGUUAAUACAUAUUUUGACCAGUUAUCUGUAGGAUACUCUGCUGUCAGAGUUGCAACAUUUGAGUUACGUGCGGAGGUCUCAGUUGCACGAAUUUGCAAACGCAAAUCUUGCCUAUAUAAUAAUUUGUCUACUCAGUAGCUCGAAAAGGGCACAAAAAGCUAUCUCCGCUUGGGAAAAAAGUAUGAAUUUCAGACGUGCAUACAAAAUCAGCUGGCGUUUCCAAUAAGAAUCGGGAUAAAGAAAGUUUCCUAGGAUCGCGUUUCCUCUGAAGUUUGCAAAUGACAACGGCUUAUUGUAGCUUUUAAAAGGUCUAGUGCAGAGCCUUUGUAUGACCCUGCCUGGAUAUCUAUGUGUUACUAUUUUUGGAAGACAGAUGAGCUAGUUCGAACAACCUCUCAAUCAUAAAAUUUAUACUCAUUUCUUGUAUGACUUUUGAGCCGAGCAUCUAUACCAGCAACUAGAUGGUUUUUAUCUGACGUUGGAUGGCUAUGUCUAACAACUAAUGUGGCAAACUUAUUAAAAUGUAAGAAUGCAGCUUGCUUCGAUAAAUAUUAGGAUGUAGUGAACUUAGAAAAUCGAAAUAGGCCACUUUUCUCAAAAUUUCCAUAAGGAAUUACGUUUUUAGAGGUCUGUUUGAGGAAACUCUGUAAAUUUUACACAUCCAUCGAAACAAAAUGGAAGUUUCCGUAGUAAAAAAAACCAGGGUUUCUUCGAACGUCGCCCUCAAAGUUUGUUGAGCCUGUUGUCGACAGGGAAACAAUAGUGCUGUAAAUCCACCUAAGUCAUCCUUUUCGCGGGUGAUUCUUGCGAUCUUGCUUCUCUGGCAAACAGAUUGCGUGGAGUCCAGUCUGAAAGGUGUAUUUAAACACGGCAAAUUGGCAGGGCGAGUUUUUCUCGGAGUUGCUACGUUACACUGCCGCGAAAAAUUUUUUUAUGAAUACGGAAAAACUGUUGUCAAAAAUAAUGAGUAGGGGACGACUAUGAUGAAAUUGAAUAACCUACCGGGCCUUCUGUCGACUGAGCAAUGGGGGGAGUGUACCGUCCUCUGACUAAGCAGGUCCAGCGAUGGCAUAUACCCUGGCUACCACGGGGUGUUUCACUUUCCUCUGAGUGAAGAUUUUGUCAGCCUUGCUAAGACAAUAUCUUAAAAGGAAAUAUAAGACGAAUAGACGGACCAGGAACCUGAAGUUCAGGUAAGCUUUACGGCUUCUAGUCAGGGAACCGACAUUUAAUGCUUGGGCGCUCACACUUACCGUAGAAUUGGCAUUCUCAUUUGACCCAUUCCCCGACCAUUAGUUUCUUCUGAACUGGAGGAUGCAAUGCAGUGUGAUGCAGCUGAAAACUUAUCUCCAGAAAAAGAGAUUCUAGGCGAACCUGUGGGGACAGUGGUUGCAAUUUUUUCCCUCGUGUCAGAUUCGUCUGUCCGAGCAAGUAUUUGAUCAUCUGACAGCCUAAUCCCACGUUUAAGUCGUUCAAACAGCUGGAGUUCAUGUAUUUGCUGCAACACUAUGCAAAUCCGCCUCUCGGUCACUGAGCAGUCUACGCCUCAUCGUUAAUUUUAGAAGUCAAACUCAGAAGCCGGCGGGAAAAGCCGAAGACAAACUAGUGGCCAAUCUCAUCUUUGCAUUGAUUUCCUUAUUUUGAGGCGUGUGUGUAUCCAAAAAAAAACUAAUUCCAAAUGCUUAAAUCGUCGGUCGCCCUGACAUUGUAUUCACGAGUUCUUGCAGUCCGUGAGGGCGAAAACUUCUCACCUGUGCAAACUUUGCCAAAAUACGGAGCUGAUUUCACUUAGUCGACAAACAUGUGCCUUUUAUGCAAAUGACUGAAGCUCGAAUUUACGAUUCUUUGGAGAGAUCUAUUUUCUUCUUCGGGUGACUUUAAUUCUUACAAAUUUAAACGCUUUUCUCCUACAUCAUUAUUGGUAAGGUCAGGAGAGGCCAGAGCAAGGUUUUGGGCUUCCUUGUCAUUGUGACCUUGUCGCGUUCAUCGAUUACUGCUUGUUCAUCGCUAUGCGACCGUCCUCGAAGGUUUUUCACGGCUAUUCCAAGGAACGCAUAUGGCUAACUCAAGACAGAUCAAAAAUCGGCCUUCUAUUCGUGCAUAUGGAUUGGCGGUUCGUUACUCAACUGUUUGCGGCGUAAUACAAUUUACUCCUCUCUCGUAGGUAUCUUUUUAGCAUAAGUCUUUGUCAUUAACUCGAUCAUUUCGUCUUGGAUCGUUUUCCCAGACUGGUGUAAAACUCUGGUCCCCGAAGGCCAGGGCUGUGCCAUCGUGGCACACUCCUUCUUCCAAAUGUCCCAUCUCAACGAAAACCUCGACGACCGCGCGUUUGACGCCUUCCUGAAGUCGGGCCAGAUGGUCAAUACGGAAACCUUCACCUUGCCCGCCUUCUCCACUCUUCGCAUUUGUCUCCUGGCGGUGGGCGACGUUUUUGGUGCGUUUUACGAUCAACUGCAGAUUGUGGUGCAACCGGCGUCUGACCUGUUGGCGCAGAUCCAACAACCAAUUCAGCCCGUGCAGAUGUACCUGCCGCUGCGUUUCCGUGUGCACGGCAGCCCUGUGGAGUUUAUCACUGCCCUGCAGUGUGCCAACCAACUGAGAUCCACUUAUUCGGAGGGCCCUCGUUCAACCUCGUCCAGCUCCUCACCCAGUUCCUUUAAAGCCCUAUUUGACGUUCAGGGCAUGACAUACAGUAGGCUCUGUGCCUGGGAGACAACGGUUCAUCUUGGCUGCACCUCCGUUCUGGCUGAGGAGGUGGUGCGGAAAGUUCGCAUGCGAAACACUUCAUCAUUUAGUGAGUCAUUGUGUGCACUUGUCAUGUUUUAUGGGUCGGAUCUUACCUUUUAGCCGCACCUGCAAUGGACAAGCCCCAGCCGCCUGUUUUACGGGACCGAUGGUAGCAGGGGGUUUAACGUUAACCCCUAACCCCUAAUGCCAAUCCUUAAACCUAGCCCCAACUCCUAACCCUAGCCACUUACCGUUUUAUGACCUUGAGCUUUUAUUUCAGCCAGUGCAAACCACAUCAAGAGUAAAAAUUUUCAAAAAACGUUUCCGAUGUGGUACAAUCACGACAGUGAAUAGAAAGGAGGCCGGCAUAAAGUGCGUUAACGUACUUAGCACUGCAAGCCGCUCGUAUCUCAACUCUUGAUCUGGAAUGCCUAUGAUCUGAAGUCAAGUCAGUCUCUUGGAGGAGUCCCCGGGCGAGGCGCAUUCUGCCUGUCUUGUCUGGAGGCCUUCACUCUUUAAUUCCUAUACAGUGCUAUUUUAGCAAUCGCGGACAGCAACAUCCACUGCUGCUUCCAGAGGGGGUGAGCUUAGGCGUGAACCGCGUUUGGAUUUGCUUAUAGUAGGGCGAACGUGCGCUGCAUCUACCUCCCUCUUCCCCACCGCGCUCCGAGGGCAGGUCAAAGUUAGGAGAACCUCAGGUGAGCAUGGUUAUAGUAACAGACAGAACCAAUCCUCAUAUGCGAGUGCUAUACAUGAUCUGCUCCCAAUCCCGUGUAUCAAAUCACAUUUGGGGGUCUCGGGUCCCGCGUGAGAGAAAAUGUCGUAAGGACCGCAUUGAGGAGAAGUCAUGCAGCUCAACCUUCAGUUUUGAGAGGGACUGGGUAAACAAGGAAGAGGAGAGUGGACAGCGAUAUUAUGAUAAUGAUUUUUAUGAUUGAAAAGAAGAAUAAGAAAAGGCAACAUGGAGGAGAACGUGAAGAAGAGUAACUAUAAUAAAGAGGGUGUGAGGAGGGAGAAGUAGGAGAAGGGGAAGAAGAAGAAGAAGAAGAAGAAGAAGAAGAAGAAGAAGAAAAGGAGGAGUAAGAGCAGGGGAGGAAGAAGGAGAGGGUCAUGACGACGAUUGCCCUAACGACGAGGUAGGAGAAAGUUCCGCAGUAAAAAAUCUGCUGCCUUGGUAUAGCAACCGUCCACUCGAACUGAUUGCUCAAGACUGGAAUAAAUUAAAAGGGACCGUUUGGUUAAGGUCGAAAACUACGCUGUUAUCGGUGGGUUGAUGUAAUCAAUUCCCGAGGGGAGAGCUUCGAGCCAUGGAGGCCGCAGUCAAGAGAUUUUUAUUUCAAUUGCCCGCAAGAGUUAGAGUUGUUAUUGUCAUUAAAAGUAGUUUAGUUUGCUCCAGAGGUUUCUGGACUCUAAUUAUCGUUUCCACGGAUAAUCUAGAACAAAACUCCUAUAUGAAUCAUUUUCUCCAAAGAUAACGGAAAUUCUUUGCCAGCCACAGUGCUCGGUGCAGUGGAUCCUCUUCGAUUUAUUAUGGUUUAGUUCUUGCAGUAAAAUCUAGAGGAGGGGGUCAGUGACCAGCUGAAGUAGGUUAACAUCAAGACAAGCUACUCGCUGGCAGCGAUUGGCUGCAUAUGACGUACAAACGAUUUGGGACUAAAUCCUAUCUCAACCGACUUGAUGGCAGUCAAUGGAACGCUUUAUCGUUCUCACAAUUAUCUCAUCAGUAAGAGCGCCUCAGUAGGAUACCACCCAUUCAGAAAGUCUGCAAGCAAAGAGUAAAUUCUUACCUCUUUGGUGUGAGCGGAAAGUAAAAUAAUGCCGUCGAAUGAAAAAUCAUCGCAUGGAUUUUCAGUUGGUCAAAGAAAGGACCACCCGAAGUCUGUAGGGUCAUACGUUGUAUCAAAUGGGUCUUCGUGGAAUUCGCUAAACUUUUACGCCCCCCUCCGUGUAGACCUGACUAAGUUUUAACAUUGUGUAAUGUAACUGAAAAACUCACUGUCUUUUUCCGAUUACUCUGUAUUUGCCCACACAAACACCAACUGGCAGUUUCGAGACCAUAUCCAAACUCCCGACCUCCGGUGUACACUGCAUAGGUAGUAAUCCUUCGACUUCCGAGGACAUACUUUAUUGGGCCGAGGCGGUUUGGAGACCAAACGGCCUACAUGAGAGAUAGUUUACACAUAUCGGUUUAAUAGAUCGGCGCACUAAACCGCCUCCAGUUUACCCGACCUGCCAUUACCCUCGCUGACACCAGAAUCUGAAGCCCGUGUUGAACUUUACAUGAGCGCAAAUUAGAUCGAUAGCAAGCGACCAGACCUAUCGAGCCAUCUGACAUAAAAACCAUUCCACCAGCCUUCGACGCAAUGAGCAAUCUAUAUCACCAUCAUACCAACGGAGUAGCAGUAACCGAUUAAGACAACAAAAAUAAAAUACAAAACCAAGGGGAACAAGGUCGACUACAUCGAGAGGACACUGAAAAUUCCAUUUGGCUUCACUGUGCAGUACAGACUUUGGCAAUGGACAGCAGACUUAACUGUUCAAAAAAUCCGCCAAUUUAUUCACUAGUCCAUUCUCAGACAUCGUCCCUUGCUUCGGGGCUGGCUUUGCUAAACAGGCCGCAUUCAGUCCCUUAGAGGGAAUUGUCUGUGUAAAUCGUUUGCACUCUGACCAAUGGAGAAACAGGACACGUAGGCCAAAUCAAAUACCUGAGCGCCUGUCUCACAUAUUUUUCCUUCCAUGCCCAAACAUUUCAGAUGUGCGCAUCGACUGGCAGCUCUAUCGCAGCCGACCAGACAAGGAGGACUCCAAGUUACUCGAUCUCUGCGCUCUCUUCGGUGAGGCCUUCAGACCGGCCCAGAGUAGGACCCCAUCCUCAGCUGCCGAGGGUUGUGGAGAGGAGAGAUCACGUAGGUUAAUGCCCAUCCUGCAUACUCAUUGUUUUUGUUGUCAGCUGCAACUUGUCCAACAGCCGCAGUCAGUUUAGGUAAGACGGAUUAAGUGCAGUGGGGGAAAUAGCACCGUCAAAAAGCUUAUAGGAGAUCGAAACUCUGACCUCAUGACUUGGCGCUGCAUUUCGCACCGACUGAGCUGUGGCAGCACGUCUGCCAGCUAUACAAAUUAAGGGGUAGGAUACGGGAAUAUGACACCCCCAGCCCCAGUACUACAGGGGAGUUCAUUUUCCCAUGUCCUGGCUUUAAUACCAACCCCAACACUUGCUCUAACGCUAACCCUAACUCUCAUAAACCUAAGUCCAACCCUAGCUCUAACCUCCCCCUUGGGAUUUAGAGCAAGGGCGUCCAUAUGGGGACACGCCUAACCAACUACGUAAUACAGCUUUUGUUCCAACGCGAUAGUCAAGCCUAUUUUUCAGACUGAGAGCUCUUCCUGUAAAAAGUCUGGUCAGGAGUGGUUAUGUAGCCCCACCUGGAGUACACAAACCCCAGCAACCUGUAAUACGGGACCGGUGGUAAUAGGGGUUUUUACAGGUGGGGCCGGGGAAUGCACAGGCGGCGAGGUCAAGUAAUUGUAUGCAAAAGAAAGGCUAUUGGGAAUGCGCGGUUGUAUUUUGAGUGGUUGAGAAAUAGUUGUCCUAACCCAACUCCAACAGUAUUGUGUCCAUCAGGUGGGCUACAUAACCGCACCUUACCAAAAAUUUGAAAUAUGGAAAAGAAAAAGUGACUGUACUCGUUACUACUCCCAACAUUUAGUGUAGUCUGUAAUUUCCUGAUGAUCUGAGGCAUCUCUCACCUACCUAAUGCCGUUCUAUGAUGAUGGGUUCGAGUGUGAACCCAAAACACGUCAGCAAACAAAAAUUCUCGUUUCAUCGACUGCACUUCCUCCAUACAGCUAACUAGCACUACCACAUGUCGCCAGGUCGUCCAUAACCAUUUAUCUUGAAGUUGCAUUGCAAUCCUAACCUUGUACAAAACCACUUUCAAAGUUUACAUGCGACGUCCACUUCCUCAUCCUCCUGUCUCCAGAACGCACGCAUGCAUUCAGUGGACUUUAUAUCCUAAUAGCGCCGUCAUAAAACUUGUAGGGGCUCGAAACUCCGACCUCAUGACUUAGCGCUGCAUUUCCUGCCGACUGAGCUAUGGCGGCAUGUCGAACACGAGGAUAUGCCCCCACUCCUGGUACUACAUGUAGUCUCGCGCCAAGUUCCGGAGGAGUUCCUCUUCCCGUGUCCUAACCCCAAUACUUGCGCUAACACUAACUCUAGCUCUCAUGAACCUAGACCUAACCCUAGCCCUCCCAACUCCAAGCCUAACUCUAAUCCCCCCUCUUCGAAUUUAAAGCAAGGUCGCCUGUAAUGAAGAGGAGGGUCAGUCCGGAUCGCUUCAACUCGACAGUUAAGCACAUCUUUCAGUCUGAGACCUCUUCCUGCGGAAUAAGAAAAAUUGUAUUCGUUACCACCACUGACGUUUAGUACAGGCUGUAAUUUCCUGGUGAUAUGAGACAUUUUUCCCCUACCUGAUGUCGUCUCUGAUGAUGGCUUCGAGGGCAGCUUCGAAACACGUCAGGCGAACAAAAUGUCUUGUUCCAGAGACCGCAGGUCCUCCUCCUCCGCCUCCUUAGAGAAGGAACCACCACAUAUCAUCAAAUUGUCUUUAAAAGUUCACCUUGGCCCUACAUUGCAAUACCAGCCAUGUACAAAUUCAGCCUCAAUACUUUCAUGCGGUGACCACUUCCUCAUCUUCCUGUCUCCAAAUUGUAUACACGCAUUCAGUGGGCCUCUUCUACUGAUUUCACUACCUUAACUGUUACUCUCUUCCCUCGCUCUCCACCCCCUGUAAGCUCCUCGUUGCGAGGUCGGGGAAUUUGGGCCAAUCCGGCUGAUUUUGCGUCCACACGAGGGACAGUUGGUGGGCAAGUCACCUUGGGCAAUGACCAGUGAGGUGCCCGAGGCAGGCGGUCUGUCGGGACUCCUGACUAUCGAACCCUGGCAGCUGCUCGUGGCACCUGGCGCUGAGGCUGUACUGACCGUCAAACUCAACGGACGCGCGGCGGCGGCGGCCGCCGUAACAGGCGAUGUUCAGGUGAGGGCCUUCGCGCUGGGCUAUCUCACCAUCGAGGAGGACAACGCGGCUGGAACGCGAGUUCUGCGUCCUGAGGCCUUCAUUUCGCCUCACCUGCGACUCACCCUGACCACGGGUCUACAACAACCUAAGUACGUCUGUUUGGCCACUGUGGCGGUUCUGACAAAUGUUUUUUGCUUCCGAAACCCUGGAAAGGACUUACUGUGCGUGGUUGGCGCUUUAUGUCUGAGUUAUCCUACAAACUGUGGUCGAAGGAUCAUUUGUAUGGUACUGUGCCUGACUUCUCUGGUCAAGAAUAGUGAUAGGUCAGUCAAAGCACAGGCUCCGAAAAAUCGGAAUCGUCCGAAAGGACGCCUGCCUACCGUGACACGGGGAAUGCGUACAACGAAAUUACGUUUUGGUAAAUAUCGGAUGCGGUUAGUAAUAGAGGAUAGUAGGUUUUGCUAUGUCAGUUCGAGCUUUCUUAGUUAUUCUAACCAGGGCGAAUUUAGGUGGAAGACCUAGGGAGGACUUGCAGCAAAGCUAAAUUAUAUGCGUGGGGCAAGAAAAUGUUAACAGUUGUCUAACAAAUUCAGCAGCGUUUUAGUACUCUUGCUUUACAAGCAGACGUAUGCACUCCAUCUGACAAUAUUUAGAGUAUUUUUUUGCUACCUGACUGGUUUCCGUGCCGAACUUUUUUUAACAACGAGCUUUCCUGUUAGUAAAGAAUUACGUGUGGUGGAUACAGAACAGUGGACCGAUGUAGACAUUUCAGCAGGCACCGACUCCUUGGGGAGGUACAGGUAAUCAAAGUUCAUCCUGCUAACGAAUGGCCGACCAAAACCUAUACCGAAAAACACCUAUUUUCAAAAAUAUUUUAGGCAGCUCUCCAUAGUUUUUGCUUACCCCACACAUGUACAUAACCCUCACCGCACCUAUGUUGCAGUGUGCUAGACAGCCCUUCAGUGCCAUGAUGAUGAUGUUGAUGGGGGUGGUGGUGGUGGUGGUGGUGGUGGUGGUGGUGGUGGUGGUGGUGGUGGUGGUGGUGGUGACGCUGGUGGCUAUAACUCUCAUCACCAAAGUAAUAAUCAUGUUUUUUACAUGCACAGACUUGAUCUCGAAUUCGUGGACGAAAACGGUUGCCAAAUGAACCUGGAUGCAGGCGAAAUGCUCACAUCGGACCGCAAGACUAACUCCGCCUCACAGGAAAUACAACUUCCCGCCUUUAUGCACUCAUUCUUAGUGACAGAAACGGAAAUACAGUCGGCUCUAGCAAGCACCAAAGGUGUGUGCAGCACCAGAACAUCGCUUGCAGACGUUGGAAAAACGGAAAUCGCCUUCCAUCCGCUGGAGAUCGCGCGCGGACCUCGCAGUCGCCUUGACACGAGACACCGCUCCUCGACGUCCAGCCCCGUGGAGGGGCCCCAUUUGGCCGAGUGUCUAGUCUGUGUGCGUGGUCUCCGAAUUACCAACCGGGGCUCGCUGGCACUUGGCGUUCAGGCCAAUAUUCAGGCGCCAAACUUCUUCCUUUUUGAGGAUGGCACGCAAACCGGCCUUCCCCGGCUGAGCGAUAAUCGACAUGUGCGCCUGAUCAUGACUGACCAAUCGCGAUGGCCUCGACUGAACCACCCAUCCUGCGAAUUCGUGCUGGAGCCAGGCUGCAAAAAAUUGGUUAGUAGUGAGUCUCUUUUUGUACCAAGGCCUCCUUUCAUGUCUAGUUUCCCCAAGGCUUGCCUAGUCGAUCAAUAAUCUCGACUUUAAUUUGCACUGCCAUAACUGGUCACUAGGCCAAAAGUUUUUGGCUUAUUUUCGGCUAGUUAGACACAUUCUUAAACGAUCAUCCACUCUAAAAAUCCAGAAGUAUAUGCAUGGAAUUAUGCACGUUUGCAAAUCCGAAUUUUAGGAAUAAAUUUAUUUUUUGGAAAUGAAAUGCUUUUUCACACCCUGCCUCACCGCUUUUGUGCGGAUCAAAAAAUCGAUUCUCAAGUCGGCGAAUGUUAGUUUAGUAAGUUAUUCACGUUUACACUGAUACCUUCUAAAAGAAAAAAACAGGGUUAUGCACUGGAUAACGAUGGGAUGUUGGACUACCAAGUAGAUGGCAACUACAAAUACAUACCCUUAAAUUCAGUGUGUCUGUAAACGUCACUCAUUACUCAUCGUUCCCAUUGUUUGAGAUUUCCUUUCCCUCCUGAUUAAUUGUACACUUUCCAGCGACGCCUUGUUCAAAGUCCGCAAUUUUUUGAAAAUCGAUUUUUGUUGAUUUUGCAAUUAUCGUGUCCACUUUCUUUGCCAAAUGACCGCGUGCGGUUAGACUUUUGACGAAAAUGUAUCUAUUUUCCGUGUCUUCUUGCACUCCGUCCUGUGUGUUGCCCCACCCGUAAAACCCCUUCUUCCACCAUUCAACGUAUGACACAGCGCACAGGCUAGCUUAAGGUAGCUGGGUUCUAAACCCUAUCUUUCCCAUGCACCGAGAUUGUCUAGGACAGUUAUUGAUAUAUGAAGUUGCCUAAAUAUAAAGCAAGGUUGAUUUCUACCGAAAUUUGUGAAUUUCAGCCCUAAUGAAACCAUUUGGAAACAUAUUAUGCUGGAGAAAAAGGUUUUUCCGGAACAUUUUAGGCUAGUGAAUAAAACACGCAACGUUUAAGGUUCUCUGAGAUUAUCACAGAGAUUUCAACCCUCGCGUUCUACGAAUUACGACACAUACUGAAUUGUUUCAUAUUUCUUGGCUGAAUUAUACUACUUCCAUUUUUCACUGUUUCUGCAGACAGAUUAAGUCAAAAAUCAAUUUUCAUGGAGGGCAGGUUCGGGUAAAGAUUAUGGGUAGGAUUAAAUUUAGGGUUAGGGUAAGUGUUGGGUUAAAGUUAGGACACGGAAAUAUUUGCCCUUCCUGAAAAUCUUGCUUAAGGCCAUCCGAAUUACCCGACGAAGGGGAGGGUCCUAUUCCCUUGCCUCAUCCUAAAACGGUUGCACAACUUUAGACUUCUUUUCAUUGAGAAAAAUGCCUGCUGAGCGUAUCUUAGGGUGCAGGGGCCGGACCUCAAUUUCUAACUGGUAGUCUUUUCCCCCUAAGUCUGCCAAGUUGUCAUCUCGGACGCAUUUUGAGGUCACGCGUCCAAGUGAUCCACAGACGACAGUUCGACUGCGUUGUCUACGAUGUUCACCGUGUGCUCCAAAGCAAGGUGGCGAAGCAGAGAUGGUGGCUUGUGUGUGAAUUAACCUAUAGUGAUAGCAGACUUCCACUGUGUCUACCACGCCCUCUCCUCCUCCCCCCAAACUGGGCCAGUGUCAAGACAGAGUCAAGAAGACCGAGACGGGCGAGGGCGCAUGUGGAUGGCACGAUCGAGCCCGCACCUUGGUGCUCCACCCCACACCCCUUGGUCCACACAACAAAUGACCAGCUUUUUGACCAACAAUAAAGAGAAUGGAGGCCGGCACGACUGAAGCCACACCUAGGCGUGCCGCCAGACCCGGCUCGGAUCCCAGGCAGUGGGAGUGCCAUUAAGGUCAUAUUAAGAAGCAGCCAUUGCAGCCUGACUAUCAGACCACCAGCCGGCCACUCUACACAAAAGCACAGCACUGGGCCGACUGCGAGGUCCAAGGUAUCCCGUCAGUUGGCAACCUUCCAGGCCAUGGCUUUUAGCGCGUCAGAUUCUCUAUAGGGAGGAAAAUGCCCUGAGUCGUCAACCUAACUCUCCCAUCCAAUACCCAUGUCCCAGCCACUGUCCACGCCGGCCCGUUGACUGGUGCUAGGAAUGGGCGCAGUGGCUGAUAUAGUCUAGUGUGACCUCGUUAAUGUUAAAUUUAUAUAUAUACAUAAACAUACAUUAUGUUAUUACCGACAAAGACCAGGGAGAUUGGACUGGUCAUUUCUGGCUUAUAAGCCGUCGUAAGCCAGUCGCGCCCAAACCCGAAGUGUGAAACACCUGAGGCUCGAACUCGCGACUUGUUAGUUAGAAGUCCAACGUCUCUAACCACUGAGCCACCGGCUCGUUGCUCUGUCAGUUGCGAUCGUGAAUAUACAAUGAUAGAGGGGCGUUCUCCGAUCUGUCUUGUGGAACUGGCUCGUUCCGUUGUGCCUUACGGGCUCUAUCUCGAGCACAACCAGCACCCGCUCAGUGGCCGUGCGGCUGCUGGUUGGGCUCGAGAGCAAGCCCGUAAGGCACAACGGAACGAGUGAGUUCCGUAACAACGAUCGGUGAGCGCCCCCUACCAUAGUCUAAUGAUCUUGCCUGCAUGCGCCACAUGCAUGACCUGGCCCCCUAAACACAAGCACCGCAAUUCCACACAACGGGGUUUGAGCGGCGCACAUCUCACAUGCAUGAGAGUGCCGUAGGUCAUGUUGAGAAGAAGUCGUUUCAGCCUGGCUCUCAGCCCACCAAUCCACCACUCCAAACAUACACAGACGCACACACAACUGGACGGGCUGCGUGGAUUGAGUUGGGGCGUCAGUCAGCAGCCUUCCAGCUUGACGCGCCGGGGUAGACUCAGGCUCGAUCCACCCAUGCAAUAGGAGCCGUAAGGAGACCGAGUCGAGACGCACACUUCCCACUUGCGCAGUAGGGGACAACUGGAUGUUUGUGACAAGUGAUGCUGAGUUGCGAGAAGAUGGUGCUUAGGGAGGAUGUGAUGGUGUGGUUCAGCCGGCGGUUGUCUACCACAGGUUUUCGUGGAUACGCAUAUGGCCGAAUAGGUCCAUGCGGUGCAUGGAUGCGCGAGGACAGUGUGGAUAGUGGAGGCGGAUGCGACGGGUGUAGGUUGAUGCUUCAGACACUGGUUCACCGGUCUCUGUGCGAUGGAUUCACAAGUUACCGACCAGGGCGGUGCGUGAGGUGAAGGUGCGGGGACAGUUAUGGACACGAGAAGUCGGUGGUGUCGGUGUCUGUUACGGAUAUGAUGGUGGUGAUGGACGCACUGAGCAACAGGGUGUGGGUGAGGCUGAGCGUGCUGGGUGUGCAGUGUGCAGCUGGUGACGGUGGGCGCACAGGGCGACGGAGUGAGGGAGGGGCUAUGCAUGGCGGGUGUGCUGGGUGUGUCGGGACUGCGGUCAAUUCCGCUCUCAGGGAUAGACAUUUGGCUGAAUAGGCGCAUGAGAUGCACGAAUGUGCAAGGCGGGUGCAUCGGACGUAGGUUGGUGUUCCACGCACUGGUUCGCCAGUCUCUGUGCAAUGGAUUCUUACGUGACCGACCAGACCGAUGUGCGAGGUGAAGGUGCGAUCGCAGUGAGUACAGGUGUAGUCCAGGUCCUCACCUCUGGUGUCGGCGACUGUUGUGCGAGUGUUUAUUGAUGUGCAUGGCAGACGCUACAACGGCAGACGUUGGGGCAGUGGAGGAGGAAGAGGAGGAAAAAGAAGAAGAAGUAGAUGAAGAAGAAGAAGAAGAAGAGGAGAAGGGGAGGAGGAAGAGGAGGAGGAGGAGGAGGAGGAGGAGGGGAGAAGGAUGGAGGUAGUGGUUCCGAAUGGCGGUCAGAAUUAGUUGGCUGAGUAGAGGACGAGGGAGAGGCUGACGAAGAGACGACGGUUAAUGCAGUCCGAGUGCUGCGGUUGAUCCGAAGGUGUGUAACAAGUGCAGUUGACGUCUGCAAUGUCCGUUGACACCGAGUACACGUUGGAGGCGGUUGUGCGUUGGCCUCGCGAGGUGAACUCAGCUAAGAGUUGCGUUCUUCUUGUUUGUCUUUCGCGACAGCAAUGUGGUUGGCCUCGUAGAUCGCUCCGUCUGUCUGCACUGUCCACCUUCAGGUCGGCGAGCGAUGUCUUCCCAGUUGGUUGAGUUGAUCUGCAGACGCUUGAGGGAGGACUUCAGAGUGUCCUUUUAUCGACGGAUUCGGCCUCCUUGGCGGCGGGAACCCGUAGCGACUUCUCCAUAGAAGAGUUGUUUGGGUAGUCGCUCGUCGUCCAUCCGCUCGAGGUUGCUACCCCAAUGCAGCUGAAGUUGUCUCAGUAUGGUGUAAAUGCUGAGGAUUCCCGUCCGCUCCAGUACGUUGGUUCGAGGAUUCGGUCCUGCCACCUCAGCCUCAGUAUCCGUGGGAGACAGCUGAGGUGGAAGUGGUUAAGUCUUCGCACCCGCUUCAUAUACACCGUCUAAGUCUCUGCUCCAUACAGCAACGUCGGGAGGUUGACGGCCUUAUAAAUCUUCCGUUUCGUGCUGAGCUGAAGACCAUGAUGAUUCCAAACUGUGUUUUGAAGACGACCAAAGGCUUGCCUGGCCUUGGAAAUCCGGUCGGCCACUUCGUCAUCGAUUCUGGUGCUGUGAGGGGGAGGGUGCUGCCCAGAUACGUGAAGUUGUCCACCACUUGCAGUUGGGUUCCGUUCACGCUGCUUUGCGGCGCAUUGUGGGGAGCAGCUGUGUUAGUUGGCGGUUGGUGAACGACCACCGUUUUCUGCGUGCUGAUGACCAGACCGAAGUUCGCGUAGGCAGCGUGGUUGAUAAAAGCAAACGCUUCUGCCUUGUUGGCAGGCACCUUCCUUCUUAAUCUUUUUUUGCACCAGCCGUAAAACCAGAAAUCAUUCUAGACUGAAUAGUAUGCUGUUCAAACAAAUUCCAGGGAGGAUAAGCUUUUGCCCUUCCUCGUCUCAACGACCCCAGCAAAAGUUAAAAAGUGGACUCUGGCAAAUAGUAAUUGUUAAGUAGGCUGAUUUGUAGUCUUCCUAUCAUAUUCGACGAGGACCGGCAUUUCCUGCUGAGACGGGCAUGAGACUAUUGACCUCCUUACUACAGGCGGCCUUGAGCUAAAUUCCAAACAUGAAUUAUUCAAAAUCUGCCAAAACAUCCAAAAGGGGCAUCUAUAUCUGUGUCCUAACUUUAACCCUACCAUUAAUCAUAAGCCUCAUAGCCCUAACCAUAACCCUUACCCUGACCCCCCCAUCCUGGAAUUUAGGGUAACGCCGCCCGCGAUACCGGGGGGUUCAUAUUUCUAUGUCCAAUCGAAACGUCUACGCGUACAACACGCGUGCCGAUCCCUAACCCCACGUGAACCAGGCUUCAGAGGAUGGGUGUUCCAGAUCACGCAUUAGGCUACAUCAAAACGAGUCGCUGUGGUCUUGCUUUCGUUCCAGAGGAAGAUCUAUCUAUCCCCUUCAGUCGGAAUUCCUUUAUGUCCGAUAUAGAGUAGGUGGACUAACUCAUUAAAUGUCAACCGAGAUUCCGCAUUACCUUUUCGUUUCGAAAAGAUUAAUUAUGUAGGGAUAAGAACUAGUCAGCCUGCAACAUAAUUCAGUUAUCUCAGGAUGCUGGCCUUCGAAAGAACUUCCUUCCGGCUGCAUGCAAAAUCCACACUUUGUAAAAAAUUACAACUUAAGUAACAGGAUUUUUUCUCAUUGAUUUUCGCCGCCUCUAAAAGUCCAAUUAUAUUUCAUGGAAAGCAUGCACUGAAAAUAUUUAAUCUUUUGCUCAUUCGGUAGAAAAUUACGUCUUCUUUCGCCUUUAUACGCGAAGGAAGGAUAUAAUUUGUUUUUCAAAAACUUUUACAGUUCCCGAAUAAUUUUGAACCCGCUCUACCGUUACACUUGGAUUCAGGGUUUCCAAACUACAAGCCGUAUAUUUUCCGCAUGCGGAAAACCACACAUUUCUCUAAAGAACUAAAGGGAGACCAUAUGGGGUUCAUAAAAUUUGGCAGUGAAUUUGAUCCAUACUGUUACAUUUACAAGCCACAUUGGUAAAUGCAGAGAUAUUGCGAUUUGUGAACGGUCAUUUCACGGUAUUGAAAAAUCCCACAGUAAGAAACAUCUUUAAAACCGAAUUAUGUCCCUCUUUCGACUAUCAAAUUAGAAAACAUAAUUUUCUGCCGCAUGAGCGAAAGAAUGAAUAUUUUUAUGCAUAUUUUCCACGAAAUAUAAUUGGACUUUUAGAGAAUCGAAAAUCAAUGAGAAAAAUGCAUGCUACUUAAGUAGUCAUUUUUACGGUGUAGUUUUUGCAUACAGCCGGACGGAAGUUCGUUCAAAAGUCGGCAUCCUGAGAUGACUGAAACAUUAUUAGAAUUAUGUUUUCAGAAUGACUAGUUCUACAACCCUACUUAAUUAAUCUUUUCGAAGCGAAAACGCGUUUCGGAAUUUCGGUUGACAUUUCAUGAGUUAGCCCUCCUGCUGUAUAACGCGUCUUAGUAAUUUAAAAGCAUUUAAUCUUUGUACCAGUGAAAAACAAUUGUGCUAAAUCGGUGAGAGAAAAGUUGCCGCAAGUUACGCAUCUCACCGGUCGUCGGUAAUGCGAUACCAGUUUAACUGUGUCGGGGUAUGUCACGUGUGCUCCUAAUGCGUGAGCAGCUCACUGACAGUGCAACAGGCGAGACGCAGACAGCUGUUUCGCGGGCGUUACCUAUCAUCAGUACGUCAUAGGCUCCUAACCUAACUCCAACAAAGUCUGAAAGUUGACUAGCAGUCUUGCUUGAUCGAGAUCCUAGACGGACACCUAGAAGUGCCUAUUCGAUUUUCAAGUCUUGCCCUUGCUCUCGGUCCCAGGAUAUUACAUUCUGUCAGCGGGAUUUCAAGGAAAAGAAUUGCUAACUCUCUUGCUGAAGGUACUGUAGUAGAUCGGAAACGAGCUAUCGAACAUGAAAUAUCAGCCGGCAUUCACACUGAGCUUUCUUGCAAAAAGAAGAGUGUGAGGAGGUCUCCAAUCUCAAAUGAGUGGGCGCGUACCAUAAGAGUCACGUUAAAAAGGAGCCAUUGAAUGCCGACUUUCUUUCCAAAGGAAGAUCUAUACGUUCCCUUCCCCGUUGUAAAUACUCCACGUCACAACUAUUAGUGCGCCUUUACAAUUUGAAAGUGGGUCUGGUUUCGUUUAAAUUAGAACCGUAGGUGUCAUAUCGAUGGGAGAAAAGUUACCCCAAACUAUGCAUCCUAUCAGUCUUCAGUAAUCCUACACCAGCUUAGAAGUGUCAGAAUGGUGCUCUGGGCAUUGGUCCUAAAUUGACUUCAACAAAGUCUGGCCAUCAGUCCCGCCUGAUCGAGCUCGUAAGCCUGCAUUUCCACCUGCUUGUUCAAUUUCCGAGUCUCGUUCUGUUGGUUGUAUUCUUUCACCGGAAAUUCAGGGAAGAAACCAUCGAAGAAGAAAUAGGAAAGGAAUUCUUGUCGGACCGUCUUACAGACGAAGAAAUCUGACUCAGACAAAACAUAGUCGUCGUCUUGAUAAUGAAAGAAGAGGCGUCAUUUAAUUGCAAAACUGUUGCCGGACGGCAUUUCCUAACUUUAGUCAUUGACUCUUCUGUUUUGCGAUUCCCGGCUGAAUAUCGUUCCUCUGUUGUCUCUCAGAAACGCCAAGGAAAUCCCAUUGGGUGACUGGCAUUAUGCGCGAAUUUUAUAUUUUACUAUUCUAUGAAACCUUUGCAAGUGAAAUUCUUUCUUGAUAGGAGCUUUUAUGUCUUAAUAGAAGAUCUGUCGACUUUUACCGCAUUCGCGCUGUUUUUUGGCAGAUUCAGUUUGGAUUCGUCUUCAACCGGAAGGAUCUGACUGGGCUAGGAAGGGAAGCCGGAAAUCAGAAUGUCGAUGCGCAAGAAAGCUUGGUAAACGCUACUUAUUCUCCCUGCUACGUCGCUUACAAGUUUUUCAUCCUGUUGAUCUAUAUGCAAAAGUAAAUGCGAAAUUAAGGCAUUACGUUUUUUCGAGGUACUUCAUUUGAUACGAGUGACUAGUCGAUCCACCCUUUUCCGCUUUGCGUUCGAUGAAUUUCUGCUUUACUGUAUGCCUUAUUCGUCUUGGAGUUAAUCUUAUUGAAUGCAGCGGCUGAACCCAAAUUUACCGCUGAGCUCUGGGUGUCUGAUUGGACAGCGCGUUGUUAGUUCUCACGUCGUUAAGAUCAUGCCACGAAGUACUCAGCCACAUUCUACGGACGACAUCCACUGCUUCCCUCCCCGAUGUCAGGCCAAAAGGAACUUACGUCAGAUCUAUGUCUGAUCUACUAGUUGGAAAUGAUCAUGUCAACAAGAGACCUCGAGAAUUCCCCGAGCCUCUAGUUCGGUGUGUUUCUUACAAAAAAGUUGAGAGGUCCUAUAGAAGUGCAAUCAGUAGGAUACUUCUGCUGGCAUGAAACUUCGUGAAGACCUCGUCCUGGGCCACUUCUCCCUUGUUACAGCAUGCUUCUGUCGGUUUGAAGCCUUUGGUUGGAACUGUUUGCUCAUUUUUACACAGGCGGCCUGUCUUCCUGAGCCACCAUUUCGUACUUCACAACCUGCUUGGAGUUCCGACUGUAACCUUAACUUCCGAAUUCUUCCUUUAGUUUAACAAAAACUACCAGCGCAUGUGGUUUGGCAGUCUGCAACUUCGAGUUUGCAAUCCCAACGAAAUGCGGUGUAGCCGGGAGGCUGUUGUCCUAGAAAAUGCCAGUCCCGUCCUCCACUGUUCUCCUCUGCGCAUCUCUGCUGUCAUGAAGAUGCCGAGACUGGAACUGCUCUCGCCUGCUGUCAUUCAGGGCCGCGUAACCUUCGUUAGGCAGACUUCCACCCUUUUUGUCCGUCUGGCCAACCAUGGGCCCUCGAGAGAAGUCUGGGUGCUGGAGGAGGUUUCCUCUGGUGCGUCGCUGGGUGGUUUUGUUUAGGCUACGCUUCGAGUCGCAAAAUGUGGGCUAAUUCUCGCCUAGUGACCCUUCUCACCUUAGAUCGCUAAAGAGUCGAUCUGCUUUUGUGUCACUAUCUUCCGGUUAAAAGACAAGAUCAGACAAGAGUGAAGGGGUGGUAAUCCUUUACUUGUGACACCAACCAACAAUACUACUAGCGUCGAUUGUUAUUAUUAGUAUAGGCGACAAUUACGAUAAUAAUAGUUCUAGGAACGUAGUUGUAAUAGUAAGAUUGCAGUUAGUAAUAGUGAAAGUAGUAUCAGCAGCAGUAAUGGUAGCAGUAGUAGGAAAAAUAUUAACGGUUUUUGAAGUUGUAGUAAUUCUGACGAUGGCAGUAGUAGUAGUAGUAGUAGUAGUAGUAGUGGUGGUGGUGGUAGCAAUAUUAGAAGUAGGUGUUGUUGUUGUACUGGUAGUUACGGAGACAACAGCAGUGACAGAGGAAGUACUCUGAAUGGCCGAUGAUGUAGACAUUUUCAUGUUUCUCCUGAUUCUUUUAGCUUUGUAUUUUUGCCAUCUGUGUUCUAUGCCUUCCAAUAAAUACUCUAGCUAGAAUAGUAUGCUUAAAAAUGCAAUCAGCCACACUCUCUUUAGAAGAAGAGGAAGGAGAAGGAGGCUCAAUCGCUGGAACAGGAGGUCUAUUGGCCUGUCAUUCCGGGUUCUCACUCAAACCUAUAAUCAAAGACAAUCGCAGAAAAUGGUGGUGGUGGUGGUGGUGGUGGUGGUGGUGGUGGUGGUGGUGGUGGUGGUGGUGGUGGUGGGUCUCACAAGAGACGACAGUCGCGUGAUCCGCCAGCUGCUUGAGUCAUAAUAUUCCGGCCCCCAUCCGAUCAGCAAGCGCAGUGACCACCCGGCCCCAUAUUCUGUGCUAAGACUUCGUCUGGGCAGAAUAAUUAACCAUACGGUGAUGACGCUGAUGACUGAAUAUUCCAGUAACAGCGAGAAAAAAUGGCCAAGUAAUUAUCAUGCGAAGAAUCCAUAGUGGUAAUUUUAUCUCGGCCACUACUUACUCAUGUGCGGACUAACAAACAAUCGAUGAAUGUGGGAACUGCCAAUUACAGCAGGCAUGGGAUCCCGUGGCAACUGCACCUUUUGUGCUGCGACUGUCCCUGAUUAUGGGUUGCAGUGAGAGUCCGAAACGGCAGGCCGCUAGGCCUCUUGAAUCAGUGAUCCCAUUUUAUUCUUCUGAACUGUCACUUGCCUCUCCGCUUCCAUCGUACUUUCUUUCCUACACUUUUUUUAGUUCUCUACAAGCCGAGUCUGGGAAGUCUGAACGAACCGGGCUUAUUUCCGUUAGCCUGUUCGUCUACUUCCCCCUCGGAGAGUUCCGAACCUUGCGCUUCUGCCUCCGACAGCGACGGGACUGCAGAUCUGACCCAAAGUCGCUCAGUCGCUACUGUAAGCUCUUCACAGCUAAUGGGCAGUAAUCUCCAGGCGGUCGCGGAUGCCUCGGAAGCCUUCAUUUUCACAACGAAGUCGGGUUUCUUAGAAGCAGCCGGUGAUAUCAAGAGGAAAGAUAUAACAAGACUAGAAGUAACUUUUGCACCAAAGUGAGUCCUUCUUGUGCAGACCGCUGCAUUAGGGGUACUUCACUUCAAGUGGAAAGAAGAUAGUGUUCACUCAGUGUAGUUGUAUUUUUCGAUUCAUGUCUAACUUGAUCUAAACGCCGGGUCAUAAGCAGCCAGCAGAUUUAUAGAGGUUUCCUUUCAGUUUUUAUCGAUUUCUCUUAAUUACAGCCGCUGAACGCUCGAAUGUGAAAUAAGUAAAUGAUUGUCCUUUUCGAGUAAACUGUUUGGAUAAAUUUGCGCUGUGUAUUCAAACAAAAACGAAAAGUACAAAAGGGCGACGAUUGGGUGUAGGACCCGCAAGUAACUGGGGCUAGCCUGUGGACCGCGUCAUACGUUGAAUGGUGGUAGAGGGGGUUUUACGGGUGGACCAGCACACAGGACGGAGAGCAAGAAGACGCAGAAAAUAGGUAAAUUUCUGCCGAAAGUCUUGCCGUACGCUGUCAUUUGGCAAAGAAAGUGAACACAAUAAUUUAAAAAGUAAUCAGAAGACGAGGUGGCGAGCAUACGUAGCUGUCGAUAAAUUCGCGUCGGGGGUAGAAGUAAAAACACGUCAGUGAUAAGGUAAAUCGAUUAAAACUCGCCGGGUGUGGGACUGUGGGGUAAAGGGGAGGGGUUAUGGCAGUCACUGUCAGGGCCGGGUGAGAGCGGAAGGGCGCGGAGAGGUUGCAGCGUUAGUCGACCUUCGGCCACUGUUGGCGCGGAGCCUGAACGUGGUUCUUCAGUGCGCAUAAGAUUGGUUUUCGCAAACUGAUGGCGGCCGCCUCUGCUGUUGCUGACAGGCGCUGUCCCAGUGGUUUAGGAUAGCUCGAUGGGACCUUAUAGAUCAUUAGGGUCUACAUGAUGUCCGGAAUCGACAACAUGCGCGAGAAUGGCGCUGCUUAUGCUUCAAAUGUCGCCUUUUCCCAGCCAUGCCGGGAGGUGUUCCUGUAUUCUCAUGGAUAAGCGCCGACUCGUGCGACCAAUAUAGCCUGCCCAGAGGAGCAAGUGAAUGAAUAGAUGCACACUGAAGUGGUCUGGGGUGGCAACUUAAUCCUGGCUAGAUCGCAGUUGGUAGUCAGGCCCCGUAUUGCAGGUGGCUGGGGGGGGGGUUAUUAACUGGGGCAAUUUUGUGGGGCUCCAUAAUCACAUCUGACCCAUUUGGCUUCCGUUUUCCGUUUGAGGGUAGGAUUAGAGUAUCGGUUAAUGGUUUCCGAUUUUCGGGUUAGAGUUAUGUCUUUAGGCUUAGAUUUUCGGGUUACGGUUAGGGUUCGAGCGUACGAUUAGGUGUCAGUAUUACGAUUAGGUUUUUCAGUUACGGCUAUGUCUAAGGGCUGCAUUUACGUUUAUGAUUUCGGUUAGGAUUAGUGUUAGAGUUGCCGUUAGGGUUAACGGUUAACUUUUAAGGUUGGGGUUAGGGUUAAGGUUAGGAUGAGGGGUUAAGGUCGCCGUCCGCUUCCCCAUUCCUGGCUAACAACUGCGAUCUAACCCUUAUUCUUACCUUCUCCGCGUAAAAUAGGGUCAGUAAAGAAGGACACUUGAACCCUUGCCGAUGGGAGCGUUCGCGAAACAGCUUGAUCAAGGCGCCUCUUUAGGAGUUCACUUGCAGCGUCCCUUGAAAAGGGUCUUUAAGGAACAGAGUUUUCUUUUCGGCAGUCGGUGUGACGGGUUUUACCGGUCAUUCGGUCAUAUUCUUUGAAAUAAACCUGUCCGGGUACCCGUUUUCACGAAGGAAGUUAUGGAUUUUUCUACGUUCCUCCUCUAUGCUAUCUCUUGAGCAAAUUGUUCUAGUUAUUUGUGCCAAAUAUCGGACUAGAUUUCGUUUUUGUUGUAGGGGUAUGAGAUUAGCGAUUUUAUUAAAAAAUAACUGACUUUGAAUAGAGCGCCACUAGUGGGUUUACAUUUAGUGAGGAAGGGAAGGAAAUUUCAAACAAUGGGAACGGUGAAUAAUUAGUGAUAUCUACAGUCACAUUGACUUGUAAGGUAUAUUUUUGCAGAUGCCAUCUGUUUGGUGGUCCUACACCCUAAAGUUAUCCACAAAAGCAAAGAUGGAGCUUAGGAUGUUCUGUCGUCUAAGGUGUUGUUCCGCUUUUUUCCUCUUUUGCCAUAAUUAUUACCCGUACACUUUUACUGUUUUUCAAUGCCCAUGUACUUCACGUAAAACAAAAUUUUUUACCCUUUUUAGGGAAGAUGGCGUCUUCGAGAAAGUUGUCUACUUCGUGGGACUGCUGUCGGGCAAUCGUGUCCCAGUGACGUUCACAGCCGAAGGCAGCUUCGAUGAACGUUUUGACCAGCACUUCGCCGAGUGA